UAUCCCGGUCGUACAUGCGAACCGACCGAUCACGUCGCUACUACGUUUGUCGUAAGAGUGCCCGUUAAACCGAGCGGCCGCUCCGAACCCUGGAGUGUAGGUGUGUGUGAAGUGAUGGUGUGUUUUUAGCUGUACAAUAAGGAGUGUAUCGCUACAAAGUACCACCGUCGAGGGUGCAGUGCUCGUUCCACGGAGUUGUCUAACGGCUGUUCGCCUGCCGGCGAGGGAGGGCGGAUCGCUUCUACCGGGAGGAAUGAGCCCCGCGCACCACCGCUCCUACACCCACCGAUGAUCUCAAGAGACCAUGUAUAUAGAAACCCUACCGCUUGUGGUUUGGACGCUCUUAGUCACAACGACACAUGUAGCGACAGAAGGACAAUAUGGGAUAGGUCUAGGAAUAAAACGAGAAGUAUUUUUCUUAAAUUUAGAAGACGGCUAUUUUGGCUGUCAAGUAAACGAAUCAACACAAAUAUUACAAUUAUAUGAAUUAUCUAAAUUAUGCGACGGUGUGCCAGAUUGUUACAAGGCAUCCGACGAACUUAGAACAGAAUUAAAAUGCACAGAUGAUUGUACCAAAGAAGAUGGCGCGCGUUGUAUAAAUGGUGCUUGUCUAAACGGUGUGUGCCAUUGUAAUGACGGUUUCGGUGGAUGUAACUGCCAGGAGCCCGAUGUAAAUGAAUGCAAAGAAAGACCAUGCGACGUUUUUGCUCACUGUACAAACACAGUCGGUAGUUUCCAGUGCUCGUGUUUCCCAGGCUACGAAGGCGAUGGUUUCACUUGUAGAGAUAUAAACGAAUGUGAAGAUCCGGCGAUAUCAUCUCGAUGCGUUGAGAACGCUGAGUGUUGUAACUUGCCAGCUCACUUCAUCUGCAAGUGUAACCGAGGCUUCGAAGGUGACGGCGAGGAGGAGUGUCGAGAUAUUGAUGAAUGUCGCCGACCUGGAGCUUGCGGAGUACAUACCAUCUGUCAGAACUACCCAGGAAACUACACAUGUGCUUGUGAAGCUGGAUACACCGGAAACCCGUUUGAUGGCUGCGUCGAUGUUGAUGAGUGCUUGAACGAGAACGCGUGUGGUCCGGGGGCCACGUGUCGGAACAUCGAGGGAGCAUAUGAGUGCAGAUGCCCACCCGGCUAUGAAGGCGACCCGCGAGUUGGCUGCCACGACCACGACGAGUGCGCACGCGCCUCCUGCGGCCGCGGCGCGCACUGCGAGAACCUCCCUGGUGCCUACCGCUGCGUCUGUCCACCCGGCUUUGAAGGCGACCCUGACGUGCAGUGCACUGACGUGGAUGAAUGUAAGAGUAGCGAGGCAGUGUGCGGCGCGCACGCAGUGUGCACUAACACCAUCGGCAGCUUCGUGUGCACGUGUGAGCCGGAGUACACGGGCGACGCGCGCCGCGCCUCCGACGGUUGCCGUGAUGUCGACGAGUGUCAAUCCUUGGAACGCCCGUGCGGCACUCAUGCGCUAUGUGAAAAUGCGGCACCGGGAUACAACUGCGUUUGUCCUCAAGGAUAUAGAGCAAAUCCGAAUCCUCAAGUUGCUUGUGAACAGGUCGACGUUAACACCUUAUGUAAAUCCAACUUCGAUUGUACAAAUAACGCGGAAUGUAUAGAAAAUCAAUGCUUUUGUAAAGAUGGAUUUGAUGCGAAGGGAUCCGUCUGUGUUGAUGUGGAUGAAUGCAGCUCUACUAAUAAGUGCGGAGACAAUGCCGUGUGCGUGAAUACACCAGGUGGCUAUAAUUGCGAGUGUGCUGCUGGCUUCGUGGGGUCACCGCCUCGCGUUGCGUGUCGCGCGCCUUGUGACGACGUCAAAUGUGGCGAGCAUUCCUACUGCAAACCAGACGGCAAUGAGGCAUACUGUGUUUGUGAAGAUGGUUGGACUUUUGACCCGAAUGAUAUAGCUGCAGGUUGCAUUGACGUUGACGAAUGCGACGCCGCUCUGGGGCCAGUAGGCCGAUGCGGUUCAAAUGCGCAUUGCGUAAAUUCACUCGGCAGUUACACGUGUCAUUGUCCCGAAGGAUAUACAGGAGAUGCAUAUAAACAAUGUUCAGAUAUCGAUGAAUGUGAAAUUGAGGGAGCCUGCGGCGUAGGAGCAGAUUGUAUCAAUCGAGAAGGAUCGUUUAGCUGUGAAUGUCCUGAAAGUAGCAUACCAGAUCCAGAUCCGCGUGUACGCUGUGCAGAAAUAAUGAUGUGUAAAACCGAUAACGAUUGUCCGGGGAAUGCGCUAUGUGACCCCAAUGCGAGAUGUCUUUGUCCAGAGCCAAACAUUGGAAACGAAUGCAGGCAUCCAUGUGAAACUUUACAAUGCGGAAGCAAUUCAGAAUGUUUAUUGAACGAUCAAAUAGCGCAGUGCACUUGUCGGAGUGGUUUUACUGGAGAUCCGUUAUCGCCUAGCGGUUGCCAAGAUAUUAAUGAAUGUGAAGCAAAUCCAUGCGGCGCCGGAGCAGUAUGUAAGAACUUGCCGGGACGUUAUCAAUGUGAAUGUCCAGGCAGCUUUAGCGGUGAUCCAUAUGUGGACGGGUGUAUUCCCGGAAAAAUACCAAGCGAAUGUAGUAACACAAAUCCGUGCCCCCAGGGCGAACAAUGCAUUUUACACGACGGCGAAAAUGUUUGUAUUUGUUCUCAAGGUUUCUCGCGCAGUAAAGAAUCUGGGUUGUGUGAAGACAUUAAUGAAUGCACACAGCACGGGCGCUCUCCUUGUGGCUUAAACGCAAUAUGUAAAAAUUUACCAGGAAGUUACGAAUGUAAAUGCCCUCCAGAAUACAGCGGUAAUCCGUACAAUCUCUGUGAAAUAUGCAACGAUAUUAGCUGUCAGUGCCAACCGCCUUAUAAAGUCGUUGACGGAAAUUGUGUCCUCUCUGGCUGUUCUAAAGAAAAUAAAUGCGGGAAAGGAGCGGAAUGUAUUGUUAUCUCAGACGGAGUCAGCUAUUGCGCCUGCCCCGCCGGGUUCUCGCAAACAGUCGAGGGCGCUUGUGAAGAUAUGAAUGAAUGCACUUCUGGACAACCGGUUUGUGGGUAUGGUGCGGAAUGUGUUAAUACAGUCGGCUCUUUCAUAUGUAAAUGUCCCCCUGGAUACGGUAAAGACCCAACGUCUGGCCAUUGUACAAUAAAUCAAAAAAGAUGUAUAAGUGACUCGGACUGUUUUCCAAAUGAGAAAUGUAUACAACCUGGCAAAUGCAUCUGUCCGCCACCUUUUUAUCUCGACGUUUCCGACGGACAGAAAUGUAAGAGCCCGUGCGAGAGAUUUACUUGCGGUAUCAAUGCAAAAUGUACACCCAGCGACCCUCCUAGAUGUAUGUGUAUGACGGGCUAUGAGGGCGACCCAUAUACUGGCUGCACUAAUAGAAAUGAAUGUCAUAGUGCCCCGUGCGCUUAUGGUGCUAUUUGUCACGAUCAAAAAGGUGGAUAUCAGUGUGCCUGUCCACAAAACAUGGUUGGGGACCCGUAUAAAACCGGCUGUUACAUUGAAGAAGGACCGUCACGGUCCCUAUGCAGUUCUGACAAUGAAUGUCCCAACACAUUAGCUUGUUUAAAUCGAACCUGUGUGUCACCAUGUACUAGUGUUAAUUGUGGGUCGAAUGCGUUUUGCGAAGUUGAAGACCACGCAGCUUGGUGUCGUUGCAAUCCCGGUUAUACAAAACCUGAAGGCGGCAAAUGCAUAUCAGGGUGCGAUACAUAUUCGUGCGCACAGGGCGCCCAGUGCAUAAUAUCAAAAACUGGUCCGACAUGCGUUUGCCCCGAAGGAAUGGUAGGCAAUCCAUUUCCUGGAGGUAACUGUCGAAGAGAUGUAUGUGGGCCUGGUAUACCUUGCGAAGAGCCGUUGACCUGUGUCGCGGGUCGCUGUCGGCAACGGUGUGAAGGCGUAGUGUGCGGUGUGGGCGCCUCAUGUGACGAAAACAGUGGUCGAUGUGUCUGUAACGCAUUCUUUGUCGGAAAUCCUGAUUUGCUGUGUAUGCCACCAAUUUCGCCCCCAGCUUGUGAACCCGGUUGCGGUCAAAAUGCCCAUUGUGUUUAUGGACAAACGAAUGUGUGUAAAUGUAAUAAAGGGUUUACUGGAAAUCCAUAUAUGAAAUGUCUGCCACGCCGACAACUUACUUGUGCCAAAGCUACAUGUGGACUAAAUGCUGUCUGUCAACAAACGAAAUCACAUGUAGAAUGUUUAUGUCCACCAGGAUACAUUGGAAACCCGAACAUACAGUGCAGUGACAUUGACGAAUGUAGUUCCAAACCUUGUGCUGAAAAUGCAAUUUGUAUAAACACACCCGGAAGCUUUAGCUGUAUUUGCAAAAGUCGAUAUGUGGGUAACCCCUAUGAACUAUGUUCACAAGUUACCAUAGGCAAAUGCGCAGACGGCAACAUUUGUACUUGUUCUCAUAAUGCCACGUGUCCCGAUGGAUAUAUUUGCGAAAAAUCAAGAUGUGUCGAUGUUUGUCGGUCUGUAAUGUGUGGACCAAAGUCAGUAUGCGAAGAAGGCAAUUGUAUCUGUCUUCCUGGCUAUACUGGAAAUCCAAACGAUCUGCAAAGAGGAUGUGUACCCGAUAAUAAAUGUACAGUAGACGGAGAUUGUAAAGACUCUGAAAUAUGUUUCCAAAUAGCUAAGAAUAUCAGAAAAUGCGUGGAUUCGUGUAGUAAAUUACAAUGUGGCCCAAAUUCUCUGUGUGUUAGUGCCAAUCAUCAAGCACACUGUAUUUGUGCAGAAGGUUACGUGGGAAAGCCUAGUGACAUCAAAACUGGAUGCCAUUUACAACAAAGAGAACCAAACGAAGUUGAAUGCAAUUUGAACAGCGAUUGCACCGAACCUCAGGUUUGUGUACCGAUAGACGGUUCUACCAACCGGUGUGUUGAUAUGUGUUCCACCAUAGCAUGUAGUGCUAAUGAAUUAUGCAAAGUAGUCGACAACAAUGCCAUUUGCGAUUGCAAAGAGGACUUUCUCUGGAAUCCUGUUAGCUCCACGUGUGAGCAACCUUCCACUCCAAAUUGUCAAUCAGAUAAUGAUUGCGAAGACAACAUGUCAUGUCAAAGAGAUGUCCUCGGAGUAAAAAAAUGUGUAGAUAGUUGUUUAGUAUACACUUGUCCGCAAAAUUCGCGAUGCGUUACUAGAAGCCAUAAAAGUCAAUGUGAAUGUUUAAGUGGUUUCGUGGGAAAUCCAAACGACAGGGAUGGUUGUAUAGCACUUAAUAAAAACCAGUGUGCAGAUGAUGCGCAGUGCAGAGAAAGCGAAAUAUGUAAAAACGUUGGAAGUGUUAAGAAAUGUUUACCAGCUUGUCAACAGUUGCAAUGCGGCCCGAAUGCAAUUUGUGUCACUAAUAACCAUGUCGCAAAGUGCCAAUGUCCAUCAGGACCAUUUACCGGAAAUCCAAACGAUCUAGAAAAAGGUUGUCAAUCAGUGCCUUGUAUUUACAAUACAGAUUGUCUAUCGCACGAGUUAUGCAACAGAAUGACGCACACCUGCAUGAAUGCUUGCGCAGAAGAUUCCUGUGGCGAUAACGCCGUAUGUAUUGCAGAAAACCAUAAAACCUCAUGUCAAUGUCCCAGUGGAUUUAAAGCCGAUCCGUUGCCAGAAGUAAAUUGUAGAAAGUUAGAAGUAUGUAAUCCGAAUCGUUGUCAUCGCACAGCUAUAUGCGAACCAAGGCUCUCGUCAUUUAUUUGCAGAUGUCCAACAGGAUUUGUUGGCGAUCCUAAUAAAGAUGGAUGUAAAAAACAAAGCGAAUGCUCCAAUGGCGAUGAAGAUUGCCCAGCCGAAGCAGUUUGUGUUAGUGGCCGCUGUGUUAAUCCCUGUGACGGAGCCUGUGGUAUCAAUUCCCUGUGUAAAAUAGUAGACAGGAAACCUAUUUGUAUUUGCCCAGACGGCUACGAAAAUACACAAGGCGGUAAUGCUUGCCGAAAGAAAAUAUUGACAUGCUACAGUGAAUUAGAUUGUGAUGGAGAUAAAUGUUAUAAUGGUCAAUGUUUUACUGCAUGCAAAAAUUCCAGUCAAUGUGACCCAGGUGACUCAUGUAUUAAGAAUUUAUGUAUAACCCAGUGCAGUAAACAUACACAAUGUGGUAUUGGACAAGCUUGUGUAGGUGGUCAAUGUUUGAUUGGUUGCCGGAGUAAUGAAGACUGUCCCAGUGAUGAAGCUUGCAUCAACAACCAGUGUAUAAAUCCAUGUCUUGCAAAAAGAGUUUGUGGCCCAAACGCUAUUUGUUCUAGAAUUAAUCACAGUACCAGAUGUGAAUGCCCUCUUGGGUUUGAAGGUACGCCGGAUCCGCAACAAGGUUGUGUUCGAAGACCAAGUACAUGCACUAGAACAUCAGACUGCCCCCCAGAUCACAUGUGUAUCGGACGGUUAUGUCAAGUUCCAUGCCAAGAUAACACAGGAUGCGCUAUUGGAGAAAAAUGCAGCGAUAACAAAUGUCACAAAAUUUGCCAUUCAAGUAGUAACUGUUUGCACGGAGAGCAUUGCAGUUCCGGAAUUUGUAUACCAGGAUGUAAAAUAGAUUCAGAUUGUCUCAAUAACCAGUUUUGUAAAGCAACCGAAUGCGAAUGUCAGCCUGGUUAUAAAUUGGUCGGCGACGAGUGCAUUAACGUCAACGAAUGUGUUAAUAAUCCGUGCCAUCCGUCAGGAGAAUGUGUGGACACGCCUGGUUCAUUUAAAUGUUUGUGUCCUACUGGAGCGGUGGGCGAUCCCUACAGAACAGGUUGUAUGUUACCGAAUCAGUGCCGGCGUGACAGUCAGUGUGAAGACUCACUCGCGUGUAUUAAAGGAAAAUGUUCAAAUCCCUGUCAGAAUAAGGCAUGUGGAUUAAAUGCAAUUUGUUCAGUCAUAAAACACAGAGUCACUUGUGCUUGCGAGAAAGGAUACCUUGGAAACCCAUUCGAUAAAAAUAUUGGCUGCUUUAAAGUAGAAUGUGUAGACGAUUCCGACUGUUCCAGUGACAAAUAUUGUAAUACAAGAAGUAACAAAUGUUCAGAUAAAUGUGACGAUUCGGCCUGCCAAAGAGGAACUUGCAAAAUUGAAAAUCAUAAAGCUUUAUGCUUUUGUCCGUCCGGAUACGACUUGGUAAACAAUAAUUGCGAAGAUUUGAAUGAAUGUCUGGACAAUCCAUGUCCUUUAAAUGCAAAUUGUUUAAAUAUACCUGGAUCUUAUACAUGCACUUGCGUCAACGGAACGAUUUUAGAUGCCAACAGUGGUAACUGCAGAUUGCCUGGAGACUGCUUUAUUGAUAAUGAUUGUUCGGAAAAAACCAAAUGUUACAACAACCACUGUAUUGAUCCAUGUGAAAAACUAUUUCCAUGCGGCGAAAACGCUGAAUGCAUAGUGUUAAAACACAAUCCUACUUGUGAAUGCCCUUCAGAUAGUCAAGGCGAUCCUUAUAAGAAGUGUACCAAGUUUGAAUGUAUUAAAGACACUGAUUGUCCAUCAGAAGAAGCUUGUGUCAAUUAUAAAUGCAAAAAUUCUUGUAGUAUUCCACGGGCGUGUGGUAAAAAUGCCGAUUGCCUUUCAAGGAAUCACGUAGGCCAAUGUUCUUGUGCCCCUGGAUUUACCGGCGAUCCUGUACUCGGCUGUGUACCCAUACAAUACUGCACAGAUGACAGUAGAUGCUCGUCAGGAACAAAAUGUAUUGACAACUUGUGUGCCGGAGUUUGUAAAAAUGCUAGAGAUUGUUUAAAUGAUCAAAUCUGUAUCCAGGGAACAUGCCGUCUUACUUGUAAUUCCAACACUACUUGCCCCGAUUUUCAAUUCUGUUUAAACAGAGUAUGUACAAAAGAAAUUCAAUGUGCAACGAAUGAUGAUUGUGCUGAUAACGAACAAUGCUCUAUUGGUAGAAAAGGAAUACCUCAAUGCUUAGACGUAUGCGAAAGACACCCAUGUGGAAGGCAAGCCGAGUGUUCAGGAAAAUCACAUCGACCGGUGUGUUCCUGCAAACAAAGUUACUUUGGCGAUCCUUUACAAGGAUGCAGAAAGAAAGAAUGCGAUGUUGAUACCGACUGCUCUGAUGAUAAGAUCUGCGAUAGAAACAUGUGCAAAAUUGCUUGCUUAGCAAAAAAUAACUGCGGAGAUAACUCUAUUUGUUCGUCAGAAAAGCACAACCAUGUAUGUUAUUGCCAACCGGGAUAUACUGGAGACCCAGUAAAGGGUUGUACUGAAAUAGACUGGUGUGUGUCAAAUCCAUGUGGUAAUGGAGCAGAAUGUGUAAAUACAAGAAACCGCGCACAGUGUAGUUGUCCAGCGGGCACUGUGGGAAAUCCUUACGAAGAGGGGUGCCGCAAGGCUCAAGAGUGUAGAUUCAAUAGAGAUUGUCCAGCUGUUGCUCGUUGUACUGUCGUUGAUGGAAUUAGAAAAUGCACAGAUGCGUGUGAAACUGUAAAAUGUGGUGCAAAUGCUGAGUGUGUAUCCUCAAGACACGUAGGCCAGUGUAAAUGCAAAGCUGGAUACGUAGGAAAUGCUGUCGGUGAUAAGGGCUGUCGCUUACGUGAAAUAUCUUGUAAAGCAAGAACCGAUUGCCCUAGUGAUUAUUAUUGUCACAAAGGAACAUGCAAAGGAUUGUGUCUCUUGGACGAAGAAUGCGAAUCUAAUGAAAAAUGCAGCAGCGGUCAAUGUAUUAACCCAUGUCAACUAGAAAAAGCAUGCGGUCUGAACGCAUUAUGUCAGACAGUAAAUCAUAUAACGCAAUGUAGUUGCCCUUACAGCUUUACAGGAAAUCAAGAUGUCGAAUGUGUGAGAAUGCCAAGAUUAUGUGGGGCGGCAGGUGAAUGUGAAGAUGGGCAUGUAUGCCACGACUCCAUGUGUGUACCUCAUUGUACAGCCGAUGAAAAUUGUGCUUUAAACGAAAGGUGUUCUAAAGGCGCUUGUUUGUUAACAUGUAGAGUAGACAACGAUUGUUUCCUCGGACACAUUUGUUUGGGAAGUAGCUGUCAAUACGGCUGUAGGCAUGACGAAGACUGUGGUCCGGAGGAGUUCUGCAAAAAUAACUAUUGCCAGAAUCCUUGUGCUAACGAUAUUAAUCCAUGUGGACCUAAUGCAUUAUGCUCCGUCAUCGAAAGAAAAGCUCUAUGCUCUUGUACUGAAGGAUUGAUACCAAACCCUACCCCUAAUAUCGGUUGUGUCCGAACACCUUCACUCUCUUGUCGUAUGCAUACUGAUUGUGCUACUGGUUGGAGAUGUGAAGACGAUCGCUGCCGUCCCGCAUGCACGGCGGAUGGGUCAGAAUGUCUGCAAGGCGAAAGAUGUGAUGCAGGUGUGUGCCGAUAUGCCUGCACUGCAGAUGAGCACUGCUCAGAUGAGGAAGUGUGUGACGGACGUAUUUGCGUGACGGGAUGCAGAUCACACUCUGACUGUUCCAAUGAUUUAGCCUGUCUGUCAGGCCAGUGUCUAGACCCUUGUACUGAACCCGCUACAUGUGGCGCUAACGCGUUGUGCUCCACUAAAAAUCACCAACCUGUAUGUACUUGUCCAUCAUCACUAGUAGGUGAUGCGAAAGUUGCGUGCAGGAGAACACCUGCAGCUUGCGAUAUGAACAAAAAUUGCCCUGAUGGAUUCAGUUGUUAUGGAGAUACAUGUUACCCGUCUUGCAGAAGCGACAUUAUAUGUUUAUCAAAUGAAAAAUGUAUCAGAGGUAUAUGCAGAGUGGUGUGCAACAGCGAUGAUGCUUGUACGGAGGGUCAUAUCUGUGAGAAUAGGAUUUGCAAACAAGGCUGUAGGGACGAUAACGCAUGCGACGAAUAUGAAGCUUGUCUUAAUGGUCAAUGCAAAGAUCCUUGCAAGGAGAGCGGCUUAUGCGGUAUUUGUUCAGAAUGUAAGGUACUUAAUCACCGUGCUCAAUGCAGCUGUUCCAGCAAUUAUAGCGGUAACCCGCUCGUGGAAUGCAAGAGAAAAAAAUUACAGUGUGACGGCUUCUGUCCGUGUGAUGACAGUGGCUAUUGCAUAUCUCUUUGCGAUAACAACUCAGACUGCUCUUGUGGCGAAAAAUGUUUCAAUGGAGGAUGUCGAUCACUGUGCUCAGCCCGAAAUAAAUGUCCUGAACGACAAAUAUGCACUCAUGGAGUAUGCAUGCCAGGUUGCAACAACGAUAGAGAUUGCGGGGAUGACAUGUUGUGUGCCUCGAAAAACUGUGUGAAAGCUUGCAGAGACAACUCUUGCGGUAAAAAUGCUGUCUGUUUAGCUACUCGACACAGAGCAGUAUGUAGUUGCCCCAGCGGCUUUUCUGGAGACCCCAUCAAAGAAUGUAAAUCAUAUGAAUGCCUACAAAAUGAAGACUGUGGUUCUGAUGAAGAAUGCAACACCGACGGAAAAUGCAAAAAUGUAUGCCUCGGUGCGUGUGGACUAAACGCCAUUUGUCGCUCUGUCAACCGUAGUCCACAAUGUUCCUGUCCUCCGAACUAUUUGGGAAAUCCUAAAAUCGAGUGUACUAAACAAGCAGUUGGCAGUUGUUUGCGUAAUCCUUGUGGAGUGAAUGCUCGCUGUCGGGAUGUGGAAGAUGGGAGCUAUGAAUGUACAUGCCCACCCAACUGUGCUGGUAAUCCUCAAAGGCAAUGUUUCUGUGGUACAAUGGAACCGUGUGCUUCCAAAAGUUGCGGUACUAAUGCGCAGUGCCGUAUCGGUCAAAACGGGCAACCGCAAUGCUACUGCCCACGCAACUAUCCUAACGGCGAUCCAAAUAUAGAAUGUGCUUUGGAACGCAGUGUAGUUGACUGCCGAACUACAGGUUGUGGAAUUAAUGGUGAAUGUUUAAGAGAAGGGGCAGAGUUUGUAUGUAGAUGCAUUCCAGGCACCGAAGGACAAGCGGAUAUCGAGUGCAAGACCAGUAUCGAAUGCACGAGCGACAAGGACUGUCCAGUAGACAAAGCGUGUUUGAGUUUGCACUGUGUGGAUCCUUGCACGGUCCGGGGCGUGUGCGGCGAGGAUGCGCUUUGCGUGCCACUCAUGCACCGCGCGCACUGUUCGUGCCCGCAGUGCUACGUGGGCCAGCCGCGAGUCGCCUGCCGCCUCGACCCCACCUGCAAGCCCACCGCCGAUCUCAAUGUCACCUUCACAUGCUCCGAAACUAAAUCUUGCCCCACCAAAUUGGCUUGUGACCUCAGCACAAAUGAAUGCAGAAAUCCAUGCGCAAACUAUCAAAAUUGUCGUCGAAAUCAGAAAUGUGAAGUUAGAAAUCAUAAACCAAUGUGCGUAUGUCGGAACGGAUUUGCAUUGAAUGAGAAAGGAGAAUUAACUUGCGCGCCGGAGUACGCAGAAUGUACAAGGGAUGAACAAUGCCCAUCUAAUGCGGCUUGCCGAAAUUCUAAGUGUGUGAAUCCGUGCUUAGCAUCGAAAGAACCAAUAUGUACUAAAGGAAAACAAUGUGAGGUAGUUGAGCACCGUGCAACUUGCUUGUGUGUCGAAGAUUGCAACCCAACAGUAUCGAUAUGUUUGAGAGACAAUGGGUGUCCGAAUAACUUGGCAUGCAGAGAUUUCCAAUGCAAAGACCCAUGCAAGGGUGCGUGUGGCGGUGCUCCGUGUUCGGUAGAAGACCAUCACCCCGUAUGCAAGUUUUGUCCUAAUGGGUUCACACACGAUGAGAAGCAUGGCUGCAUUAAAGCUCUAGAAUGUGGUGCGCACGACCACUGCGCGGCAGGACUAGCCUGUAUGGAAGGACGGUGCGGCGACCCGUGCGCGCGCGGAGGCCCGUGCGCGGCCGGCCAGCACUGCGCUGUAGUCAACCAUCAGCCUGUUUGCUCUAAGGUUUGUCAAUGCCAAACGUCGUCGGACUGCGCAAGAUAUCCGAACACCUAUUGCGAUGGAUGUGCAUGUGUAAGAGGUGACCAACCAACUGCGAACUGUGCCCACUGUCGGCCCGGAGUCCCCUGCGAUCCCUUCUCAGGGGCCUGCAUGGAAAAUGAUCAACCCAAAAAUGUCCCAUUAACUGAAACAAACUUCGAUAUUACCACGACCAGCACCACGUUGGAAGCCGAAAGUGGAACCACUUCUGACGAUACAAUGCCAACUGAUCACGUACCCCUUUAUACUAACAAUGAUGAAUUCACAGACACGACAGAAUCAACGGUAACAGACACAGACAAACCCUUAACGACAUUAACUCGCGAAACAACUUUUAAUUAUCAGGAAAGUGAAACUAGUGUCACAUCUACAUUUGUGAAUAUUGACACUACAACACAAAAAUCAGAAAACUUUAUGACCACUCCUCAGUCACUCGAUACGACAACAAAAUAUCAUGAUAUAGUCAAUGAUACUUUAGAGCAAACAAGCAGUGUUACGUUAUUUACUACAGACGUGAGUAUUAUCGAAUCAAGAACUGAAGAAGAUUAUUCCACUGACGUGACUUCUGAGAACAACACAACUACUGGAAAGCCAAAGUUAGGUGAUGAAUUUACAACAGAACUGGACAGUGGAAUAAUAAAAGAUGAAUUAACUACCCAGAAUGAACUAAAAAUAAAUACUCAAUCUACUACUAACGUUGUUGAAAACGUUAAGACUGAAAGUGCCAUAAAUGAGGAUACGACAUCGCAGCCAGCAGAAUUAAUACCUACUAUGAAUUCAGUUUUCUCUACAAAUAAAGAACAAACACCAACUACUGUCAGAAGUGAUGUAACGGAAAUUACUACAAAAGGAAUAGAAACAUAUACUCCGGAUAGCAAUAUUGAAAAACAAUCAACCCUGGAGUCUGAUGUGUUGCUACAAAGCAGUAGUACGAUUCAUGUUGAAAGUACAGUAAAACCGUAUGUAAAACAUAAUGUAACAAGUGGGUUGUCUACACCAUCCACUGAAAAUAAAAAUACAAAGACGCCAGAAAAUCAACGACAACUAAAUAAUAAUUACACCGAAAUAACUAUAAUUCAAACUUCCACUAACAAUGUAAGUAAAUCCUUACAAACAGGAGUUUCAGACAAUGUAACUAGCAGUAUAGAUACACAUACGGUUCCUUCUGUAACUAAGCCUUAUAGUUUAGCAUCCAGCGAUAACGACAAUGAAACUCAUACAACUACGCAAAGUUCCGAAGAUACAAUAUCAUCACAAAUAUCUGAAACUAUUACUACAAUAUCUCAAGAGACAAGUAAAGACUCUGUUGAUACUUCUACAACACUUAUGCGAACAGUCACGACAGAACUUAUAUCUGAUGACACUAUAACUAGUACUCCUGAAAGUAUUUAUUCUGAAACAACAGUAAUUCCUUUGGUUACAGUAACUAAUUCAGGAGAAACUCUUACGGAUGAAGAUAUUUCAUCAACUAGUGAUGUAUUAAAACAGACUACGGUAGGGCCUGAUGAGAUAAGCAAUGACGUUACUACUCAAUUAUCAAAAACACAAACGGAAAAAUUUAAAGAUAUUGAAACCACUACAACAACUACACCAUUUGAAACAACCGUUUAUGCUGAAGUAGGUACAACAAAAGAGGCAACUAAUGUAACACAAAGUGGGCUGUCUAAAGAAGUAAAAGAUAUGACAAUUCCAGAGAGCAACAAAGCGUUUGAAAAAGACUAUUUGACAUCUACAACAGAAACGUUUGUCAACACUGAAGCUUUAACUGAAAAAACUGAUGAUCAUACGUUAUCAAUUACCGAAAAAGUAACUGUUCCACUAACAACUACACAGCAAUAUAUUAUCACAGAAUCUAUUACUUCAGCCAAAACUGAUACUACUGUGACUGAUGCCUCAGCAAUUUUUGCUAAAGAAGAUACAUUUACCACAUCAACGUCUAUUCUAACAAAUUCGGGAAUGGAAGGUUCAACGACAACUUCACAAGACGGAACGAUAAAAAGCACUGCAACAACACCUGAAAUGUUUGAUAUAACGGACGUUGUUGCCAAUAAAACAAAGGUAACAGAAGGUGAUGCCAUGUCUACAAAAGAACCAACGGAAAAUAUAGAAAUGGUUACAUCAAAGACGUUUGAAGAACUUACUUCAGCAACAAAUAACAUUGAAAUGUCGACAGUAACAAUUACAAACAUUGAUACCACAGAAGCUACAGAAAAAUUCUUUGUAAAUACGAAUACAUCAACAGAAAGUAUGGAAAUAACAAAAAUGGUAACAGAUGAAAUAGCUGACAAGGUAAGUAAUACGGUAAUAAUCACGACGGAAGAUAUGACAAUAGCAACUGAAAGUACAAAAAUAUUUGAUAAUACUGAGGAAACAACAUUUACCAUGGAAGGUAAGACCACAGAAACAUCAGAAACUACUGAAAAGUCUACAGUAACGUUAGUAAAGGAUAUUGAAAUUAGUACUGUCGAAACAAAUACUAUGGAAUAUUUAACAACAUCAACAGAAAGUAGCCACCAAACUCUGAUAACAUCAACUGAAAGGUAUGAUGGAAUCGUUACAGCUACAACAAACACCAUGAAAAGCAUGUCAGAAAAUACUGAAAAGUUUGCAGGAACUAUUAGUCCUACCAUUCAUACUAUAGAGGAUGUAAUGAAAAUAACAGAAACUACAGAAAUGUCUACACAAGUGACAUUGGAAGAAAGGUCAGAUAUAACAGGUACUGGUACAAUAAGUGCAGUGGAUGGCAAGGCGAUAACAACUGAAAAAUCACAAAUAUCUACGGAAAUACUACCAGAAAAUACAGGAACAAAUAUGAUGAAUGAUACGGCAAUACCAAUAUAUACUACUGAAAGACCGGAAACAGAAGAAGUGGAUACAACUACAAUUAUCUUGGUGGAAGACAUUAAAACAACAACAGAAUCUAUUCAGAAAUCAACAUUAAUAUCACAGUAUGCAACUGAUAUUGAUGAAACAAAAAUGAUUGAAGGUUUAACAACUGAGCUAGAUAAUUCUGGGAAGUAUGUAACUACACCGGAUAUGAUGUAUACCUCCACAAAUAUAAUCUUAUCAAAUACUAAAGAUAGUAUUACAACAACAGAAAGAUCCGCAAUAACUGAAGAGGAUUUUGAUAACAUCACAGCUAACCUUACAACAGAAAACAUUGCAACGGCAACAGAAAGUAUAAAUAGAUCUACUAAAAAUUUGAUAGAUAUAUUUAAAAAUACAGAUGUUAUCACAAAAAAAACAAUAGAUGAUUCAACAAUUGAAACCGAAGCUUCUACUAUAAAAGUGACGUCUAUAAGUGAUGAAAUGAAUCCAGUUAUUACAAAUUGGACGGAAAGUACUAACAUAGCAAAUACUGCAAAAGGAUUAGUUACAUCAGGGGAAUGGUUAUCAAGCACGGAAAUUGACAUAUUACAUACUACAGACAAAAUUACAACUAUGCCGUCAGAAAUUCCUGUGACAUCAGGGGAAACUUUAAACAAUGAUGUAGUUACCACAACAAAUAUAGAAAGUGCAACACAAGUCACAGGAAGUACUACAGUUUUUGAUACUACAUAUACUGUAACAGGGAUCGCAAAAGAUACAGAGGCUAAUAAUGUCGUUACUAAAACCACAACGGAAAUAUUUGAAAACACAGACGUAAAUAUUGUAUCAACUGAAAAAGAAGAUUUGGGAACACAUACAGUUUUUGAAAGUACAAGUGUGUCUACUAAAACUACAACACCUCUAAUUAAUCUUGUAGAACAUGAUAUUUCUUCUACUACAAAUGUAUUAUAUACAACAUCUGACGAUGAAAUUGGAGUAGAUAAAACAAGUACGUAUAACUCAGAAACAUCAACAGAAUAUAAUCUUAACACAUUAACACACAAUUUAGAAACAAUUACUGAAAAAAAUACUGUACUAGAUGAAAAGUUGAAUACCAUAGAUACUACCAACACUAUUAAACAUACUACUGCACCAACCCACACUUCGACUAUUGUAAGCACAGAUGUGGUUAUAUCAGAAACUGAACAAACAGACCUUGAAACUCAAACAACCUCAGCUACAACUUCAGGAAUAUUUAAUACCUACUCAACAGAAACUGUGAUUGACCGAUUUACAUUUAAAAAUGAAAGUAAUACAGAUGUAAUAGAUACUACUUUAUCUGAAUCUGAAAACGACCUUGAUUCGACAACCUCUGCUACUAGUAAACCAAGUGAAGUUACUUACGAUAACACAGUAUCAGAAACAAUGACACAUUUAGAGACAACUACAAUUACUACAUCUAGUGUAACUCAAAAUAACGAAAGUGAAACGAUUCCUGAUAAUACAGAUACAACUGGAAUACAUUACGAAUCUACUGUAGAUAACUCAGUGACUGUAUAUCCCGAAACAUUUACAACACGUGAUGACCAUCCAACAAGUAUUGACGUUAGAACAACAACACUGUAUGAACUAACUAGCCCUACUGAAUCAGAACACACAGAUUCCACUCAAAAUAUUCUUGAUGGAAAUAUUACUGACACAACAAUAAAUUUCACCUCAUCUGAACAAACGACUUCGUCCUCAAUAGCUAUUAAUUCUACUGAUAUUAGUUCCGUGUCCACUGACACAACCUAUAUAUCAAGUACAGAGAAUAUUAAAAAAUCUACCAUAUCAUCUUAUUUAAGCACGUCAACAGAUAACUUAUCAUCUCGAAGAAAAGACGUUGACAUACCCGCCUGGACAGACUCAACUUCUAUUACGGACAUGACUUCGACGGACACAAGUACGCUCAUGACAGAGACAUCUACUAACCUUGAAUGUAAAGUGAAUUCACAAUGCUCAACGGACAAGGGGUGCAUAAACGGAGUAUGCCAGAACCCAUGCCUGGUGGAGCAGAGUCCAUGUACAAAGAGUACUCCCUGUCAAGUGGUCAACCACGUCGCCGUGUGUAUAUGUGAUCAUGCCGCUGGGGAAUCCUGCGUAAGAGAAUCACCUGGGACAGCUAAAGCACCAGAACCUUGUCACUCGGAUCGGGACUGUAUAGAAACUGAAGCCUGUUUUAUGGGUCUAUGUGAAAACCCUUGCGAGUUUGACAAUGUAUGUGGUAUUGGAGCAAAAUGCCACCCAAUAAAGCAGAGGCCAAUGUGUUCAUGUCCCGCCGGGCACGACGGAGAUCCUGCUGUUAAAUGUUCACCUAAAAUAUUUGGUUGCACUCGAAAUGAAGAUUGUCACUUGACUGAAGCUUGUAUAAAUAAUGCAUGUCAACACCCAUGUGCUAUACACAACCCAUGCGCACCAAAUGCGGUUUGUGUAAAUACGAACCACGGAUCAGACUGUAGCUGCACAGAAGGAUAUCAAGGAAAUGGAUACGUUGGAUGUGUUCCAGUCAUGAGCUCGCACUCUGUUUGUCAAUACAACGAAGAUUGCCCUCCAGAGCUAUUGUGUGACAGAUUGAACAGAGUUUGUAUUAGUCCUUGUGCUGGCAACGAAUGCGGAAACAAUGCUGAGUGUAUACCAGUCAAUCAUCGCAUGGAAUGCAAAUGUCACCCCGGCUUCACUGGCAACGCAUAUUUGGAAUGUUAUCAAAUACAAGGAUGCAGAUCGGAUAAUGAAUGCGCUAAUACAGAAGCUUGUAUAAACGGGAAAUGUGGAUCGCCAUGCCGAUGUGGCUUGAACGCAGUUUGCGACGUAAUUAACCAUCGUGCUUCCUGUAAAUGCCUCCCUGGUUACACUGGCAAUCCAGUACUGGGUUGCGAUCCUCCAUUGAAUCCUUGUAUUCCAAACCCUUGCGGUACCAAUGCGUUAUGUGAAAUUGAUAACGGAAAUCCUAUCUGUUACUGUCCGAAAGGAUUGACUGGAAAUCCAUUCAAAACUUGUAUACCCGAAGGAAAUGAAUGUGAACCAAAUCCGUGUGGACCAUAUUCAGGAUGCAGAUUAAUAGACAAUAAACCAGCUUGUUUCUGUUUACCUAAUUACGAAGGAAAUCCACCUCGACAGCAAUGCAGAUUACCAAGUAAUCCUUGUAAUCCAUCUCCCUGUGGACCUAACACACAAUGUACAGUAUUGUCGAAUGGAUUUGCUAAAUGCACUUGUUUGGAAGGUUAUAUUGAAAGUCCUAAUACCAUCAGAGGUUGUGUAGAGGCACGUAAUCCUUGUGAACCAAAUACUUGCGGCAUUGGAGCAAGAUGCGACCCCAAUAGAAUACCUGCUUGUUAUUGCCCAGAGAAUACAAUAGGAAACCCAUACAAAUCUUGUAACCAUGCAUCUUAUCUACCACCUGAUGUCCUUUGCAAACCGGGUCCGUGUGGGCCUUAUGCGGAAUGCUACGUCAGUAGCAAUACGGAAAUGUGCUUCUGUAAAACAGGAUAUAUUGGAGAUCCUUAUGUUGGGUGCCAACCUCAAAGAACACUUUGUGUCCCAAGUCCUUGUGGUCCCCAAGCAGUCUGUAACGUUGUCUACGAUGGGAAAGCCGUAUGUUCUUGUGCUGAAGGAACGACAGGAGAUCCUUGGGGUCCAGAUGGCUGUCAUUCACGAGAAUGCGAAGUUGACGACGAAUGCGCAUUCAACAAAGCUUGUAUUGGGUAUACUUGCCGCGACCCUUGCCCUGGAGCUUGCGGUUUAAAUACAAGAUGCCACGUGGAAUCUCAUCAUCCUGUAUGUGUUUGUGAAGAGGGAUUAAUUGGUAAUCCACUCCUGUGCUGUUUGCCACCAGAAGAUUCGAAAGCUAUCAAACCAUGUAACAAAGUCCAAUGUGGUAUCAAUGCAAUUUGUCAAGACGUAGGAGACAAAGCAUUGUGCUCUUGUCCACCCAAUUUCUUCGGGGAUCCGACAAUAGAAUGUAAACCCGAAUGCACAAUGAACUCAGAUUGCCCAACUAAUGAAGCCUGUAUCAAUCAAAAGUGCAUAGAUCCUUGUACAUUCCAAAAUAUAUGCGGAAUCAACGCUGAAUGUGUAUGUUCGGAUCACACCGUGUCGUGUUUAUGCCGAGAUGGAUAUAUAGGAGAUCCUUUGAUUCAGUGCAUCUAUAGACCAAUAAUAAUCGCUCCAGAUAACACGACUAUCCAACCAUGUUCUCCAAACCCUUGCGAUCAAAAUUCUCCUUGUGAUACAUACGGAAACCAAUUUGCAAUUUGCGAUUCAUGCGUUGGACCAAAUGCGGCAAAUAAUCCAGCAUGUAGACCAGAAUGCGUGUUGAAUUCUGAUUGUGCUUUCAACAAAGCCUGCUUAAGAAACAGAUGCGUGGAUCCUUGUCCUGGUUCUUGUGGCGUCAACGCUGAAUGUACAGUUUAUCAUCAUGAUCCAAUAUGUCGCUGUAUAAAUGAAUUUGAAGGAAAUCCCUACGUACACUGCAAGCCUACUACGAAACCAAUCGCUCAUGAAACUUGUGAUAAUGUGCAGUGCGGAGCUAACGCAAUAUGUAGAGAUUUAAAUGGUGCUCUCACCUGUCAGUGCUUACCGGAAUUUUACGGCAAUCCUUUCAUCGCUUGCCGACCGGAGUGCGUGGUUAACAGCGAUUGUUCACCAAAUUUGGCAUGUUUGAAUAAUAGAUGUGAAAAUCCCUGCAAUGGCGUAUGUGGCCUUGGAGCGCAAUGUGAAACAGUUAAUCAUCACGCAGUAUGCUAUUGUCCACCUGGUCAGGCUGGUGAUCCUUACAUAAGAUGUCAGCCAACUCCUAUAGCACCUCCCGCCCUAUCAGUUUGUGAUCCAUCACCUUGUGGUCCGUAUAGUCGUUGUCUAGUAUCAUCACCAACCGGUUUUGCUGUGUGUUCCUGCUUGCCGGGUUACAAGGGUGUUGCGCCAAUGUGCCAACCAGAAUGCGUCAGUAAUUCUGAUUGCUUACAAACAGAGACGUGUAUAAAUCAGAAAUGUGCUAACCCAUGUCAAGGCAGUUGCGGAGUUGGCGCCGAAUGUAUAGUAGUAAAUCACAAUCCAAUAUGUAGCUGUGGCCCCGGAAAAUCAGGAGAUCCAUUUGUAGCAUGCGCAGUAGUAAUCGAUAAUAUACCAAAAGAUAAAAAUCCAUGCACUCCUUCACCAUGCGGACCUAACUCAGUGUGUGAAAUAAAAUCAAAUCAUCCAGUAUGUUCUUGUCAACCAAAUUACUCUGGUACACCACCAUACUGCCGACCAGAAUGUGUUAUCAGUCAAGAAUGUCCAUCAAACCGCGCUUGUAUAAAUGAAAAAUGCAUAGAUCCGUGUAUUGGAGCAUGUGGGAAUAACGCUAAAUGUGAUGUAGUCAAUCAUACGCCCUUAUGCAGCUGCCUAGAUGGACACAAAGGAGAUGCAUUUAUUGGAUGCGUGGCAAUAGCGAAAGACGAAUCUCCAACACCCUGCAAUCCUUCACCUUGCGGUGAUAAUACAGUUUGCACAGUAGUAAACAAUGUAGCUCGUUGCUCAUGUAUACCGCCGAAUAUUGGAAAUCCUUAUGCAGGUGGAUGUCGACCAGAAUGCAGUAUUAACUCGGAUUGCCCUAACCACUUGGCUUGCUUGUCAAACCAUUGUAGAGAUCCGUGCAGAGACCUAUGUGGUGUGAACGCUGAAUGUGCCGUCACAAAUCAUGUUCCAGUUUGUACUUGCUUCAAAGGUUAUGAAGGAGAUCCAUUUUCAUCUUGUCGUCCACUCCAAUACAGACCACCGACACCAUUGAACCCAUGCGAUCCAUCGCCUUGUGGACCAAACAGUGAAUGCAACGUGGUGAGCAAUCGCGCAGCCUGUUCCUGUCGCCCAGGGUACCUCGGCGCGCCCCCCACAUGCCGACCUGAAUGCGCUGUAAACUCCGACUGCCCAGCGAACAGAGCCUGUAUAAACCUUAAAUGUAGAGACCCAUGCAUCAACAGCUGUGGACUUGAUGCACGUUGCCAUGUCGUUGGCCACAAUCCCAUUUGCACAUGUCCAGAAAAUCUACCUGAAGGUGAUCCAUUCAUCAGAUGCUUCAGAAAGAGUGUUGCGCCACCAGCGCCGGUGCCUGACAGAUGCCUGCCUUCACCAUGUGGUCCCCAUUCGACGUGCCGCACUGAAAACGGCCGCGCCGUAUGUGCUUGCGAGCCAGGCACGUUAGGUGCCCCACCUACUUGUCGGCCCCAGUGCGUCAUCAAUCAAGAUUGUCCACUUGCUUUAGCAUGUCUAGCUGGUACCUGCGUCAAUCCUUGCGUUGGGUCCUGUGGGUUCAACGCCCGCUGCAAUGUCCAAAAUCAUCAGCCCAUAUGUUCCUGCGACGAAGGCUACUCUGGUGAUCCCUUCGCCGGUUGCAGUCGAGUCGAAAUCGAAGCUCCUAAAGACGUACCUCAACAUCCAUGUAGUCCAUCACCUUGCGGACCUAAUGCUAUAUGCAGAGAAAGAAACGGCGCGGGUUCGUGUACAUGUGUAGAUGAUUUCCAUGGGGAUCCAUACCUAGGCUGCCGUCCAGAAUGUGUCAUGAACACUGACUGUCCUAUAGACAGAUCCUGUUUCAAUAACAAAUGUAUGGACCCUUGUCCUGGCAUUUGUGGACAGAAUGCGGAAUGUAGAGUUACAAACCAUGCACCAUCAUGUUACUGCUUGCCUGGAUAUAGAGGAAACCCUCUGCAUGCUUGCACUCCUGUUCUGACAUUACCGGAACCUGUGGAUCCAUGCCACCCUUCACCUUGUGGACCUUACAGUAAUUGUCGUACUUAUAAUGGUCAUGCCGUAUGUACAUGUCUCGACUUAUGUGUUGGAUCGCCACCAAAUUGCCGGCCUGAGUGUAUUGUUAGUUCUGACUGUCGACCUGAUAAAGCAUGUAUAAAUCAAAAAUGUAAAGAUCCAUGUCCGGGUAUGUGUGGUAUUAACGCUCAAUGCCAAGUAGUAAAUCACAACCCUAUAUGCAGUUGUGUGAGUGGAUACAGUGGUGAUCCUUUCGUAAGAUGUUUCAUUGAAGAAAGGCCAAUACCAAUACCAAUCGAUGUUUGUAUGCCAAAUCCCUGUGGUCCAAAUUCACAGUGUAGAGAAAUUAACGGUGUACCCGUAUGUUCCUGCCUAAACAACUAUGUGGGUAGACCUCCUAAUUGUAGGCCUGAAUGCGUCAUAGAUGUUGAAUGUCCAGGAAACCUGGCUUGCAUAUCUGAGAGAUGUAGUGACCCGUGCCCAGGUUCAUGCGGAUUUCACGCCACGUGUACUGUCGUAAAACAUGUUCCGAUUUGUACAUGUGAUCAGGGUUAUACUGGAGAUCCCUUCUCGGGAUGUUCGUAUAUUUUAUCAAUCGAACCACAAGUAGAGAACCCAUGUUCAAGAUCACCCUGUGGGGCAAAUGCAAUAUGUAAAGAGAGACAUGGAGCUGGUUCAUGUUCAUGUCUGCCAGAUUACUAUGGCGAUCCAUACAUCGAAUGCCGACCAGAAUGUGUACUAAAUUCUGACUGUCCAAGAGAUAGGGCUUGUAUCAACAAUAAAUGCAAAGAUCCUUGUCCUGGAGUCUGCGGAAUGAACGCUGAAUGCCGCGUACACAAUCAUGCUCCGUCUUGUGCGUGUCUGUCAGGUUACGAGGGCAAUCCAUUUACGUCGUGCUACAUAAGUGCUAUUGAAACGGUAGAUCCGUGUCUGCCUUCUCCCUGCGGACCUUACAGUUUAUGUCGUAUUUCAAACGGACACGCAAUAUGCUCAUGCCAAGAGGAAUAUUUUGGAUCACCUCCAUUCUGUCGACCUGAGUGCAUGGUCAGCAGUGAGUGUAUGCCUAACAAAGCGUGCAUCAAUCAAAAAUGUGUUGAUCCAUGUAUAGGGGCGUGUGGUAAUAACGCCAAGUGUACUGUGGUCAAUCACAACGCAUUGUGCAGCUGUCCGAUUAACUACGUCGGUGAUCCAUUUGUUCAUUGCGCAAUAGAAAAACGUCCAGAACCAAAACCUUCUGGAAAUCCAUGCAUACCGUCUCCAUGCGGUCCCAACUCACAAUGUCGAGUGGUAGGGGAAACACCUGCAUGCUCUUGUCAACCGGGCUAUAUAGGGCGAGCGCCAAAUUGUCGCCCAGAAUGUAUAUACGAUGAGGAAUGUCCAAGUAAUCUAGCAUGUAUUAGAGAAAAAUGUGCAAACCCAUGUGAAGGCUCUUGUGGCUCGAACGCAGAAUGUGUCGUUAUUAAUCACAAAGCCAUUUGUCAUUGCCGUGAAAGUUAUACCGGCGAUCCUUUUAGAGGCUGCUACUUCAUUGUCACAGUGCCAAGUGAAGACGAAACGAACCCAUGCAACCCGUCACCCUGCGGACCGAAUGCCUUAUGCACAGAAAGAAAUUCAGCGGGAGCGUGUACUUGCCAACCAGGAUAUUUCGGAGAUCCUUAUUUAGGCUGUCGUCCCGAGUGCGUGACCAACAAUGAUUGUCCAACAGACAAAGCUUGCUCAAACAACAAAUGUGUCGAUCCUUGUCUUGGAGCAUGUGGAAUUAAUGCUUACUGUACUGUAGGACACCAUACUCCGGUAUGCCUGUGUGUCGAAGGUUACGAAGGAAACCCAGUAGUAUCAUGUCAUCCUGAAAGGAAACCACCGCUGGCGGAAUUAAAUCCAUGUAUGCCGUCACCAUGUGGAUCAUAUAGUAUUUGUAAAGUAGUAGACGGUCACGGAGUAUGUUCUUGUCAAGAAGGAUACGUUGGGUCCCCACCAACAUGCAGACCGGAGUGCGUAACCAGCACUGAUUGUCCUCAACACCAAGCGUGUAUACAACAAAAGUGUAAAGACCCAUGUCCAGGAACGUGCGGCGUCAACGCUAAGUGCCAAGCAAUUAACCAUAAUCCUAUUUGCACUUGCAAAGCAGGGUUUACUGGUGAUCCAUUCGUAUUUUGCCAAUUAGAACAAAAACCUAUCUAUGAGGGGCCUAAAGGAAAUCCAUGCAUACCGUCGCCGUGUGGUCCAUAUUCUCAGUGUAAAGUAGUCGGUGAAGCGCCUGCAUGUUCAUGCUUACCGAAUUACAUCGGUGUUGCACCAAACUGUAGACCUGAAUGCUCUAUCAACGCAGAGUGUCCGGGUAAUCUUGCAUGCCAAAAUGAAAGAUGCGUAGAUCCAUGUCCGGGUUCCUGUGGUUUCAAUGCAGAAUGUUCUGUAGCAAAUCAUGUAGCGCUAUGUAAUUGUAUUCUGGGAUACACAGGUGAUCCAUUCGGUGGAUGUUCCAGAAUUGAAUAUACUACAGAGCCACCGCCAAAUCCAUGCAAUCCAUCGCCGUGUGGCGCGAAUGCGCUUUGUAAAGAAAGAAAUGGCGUCGGGUCUUGCUCUUGUUUGCCAGAAUACUUUGGAGACCCGUAUACCGGAUGUCGUCCGGAAUGCGUUUCUAACUCAGAUUGUGAUCGCAAUAAAGCAUGCUCGAACAAUAAGUGCAAAGACCCGUGCCCGGGAACAUGUGGUAUUAAUGCUGAAUGUAGAACUGUAAACCAUUCUCCAACCUGCACUUGUGUUUCGGGAUACACUGGCAACCCACUGGUUAGAUGUGAAAUAGAAAUUAUUCAAGAUAAAAACCCUGAACCCCAGGAUCCGUGUAGACCAUCACCUUGUGGACCUAACAGUCUUUGCCGUGUUGUAAAUGGACAUAGUGUUUGCACUUGUGAAAACACCUACAUAGGCACUCCGCCGUCUUGCCGACCCGAAUGUAUUGUCAGCUCGGAAUGUCCACAAGACAAAGCUUGUGUGAACAAAAAAUGUAUAGAUCCCUGCCCGAACACAUGUGGUCUAAACGCCCGUUGUCAAGUAGUUACUCACAAUCCCAUCUGCAGCUGCACACCUGGUUUUACAGGAGAUCCAUUCACCAAAUGUACUCUAGAAGAAAUAACGGUUCCCGUUGACCCUUGUGUACCAUCGCCUUGCGGACCAUAUUCAGAAUGCCGAGUUAUUGGAAACCAAGCGGCUUGUUCUUGCUUGCCAAACUACAUUGGAAGAGUACCAAAUUGCAGGCCAGAAUGUACAAUCGAUGCUGAAUGCCCAAGCAACACAGCCUGUGACAAUGAACGUUGUAAAGAUCCAUGCCAGGGAGCAUGUGGAAUAAAUGCUCUCUGUGUAACUGUGAAUCACAGACCUAUUUGUAGUUGCCAGCAAGGUUUCACCGGUGAUGCUUCGCGAAACUGUGUUCAAAUUGUCAUGUCAUCUACCGAAGUAACACCAACAUCGAGUCCCUGUACACCUUCACCUUGUGGUCCUAAUGCUGAAUGCAGAGAAUACAACGGAGCUGGAGCAUGCGCCUGUUCAGAAGGUUUUGAAGGAGACCCAUACAGCCCGCAAGGAUGCCGCAGAGAAUGCGAAGUCAAUGAUGACUGUGCUCCUAACCUGGCUUGUACUCGGUUUAAAUGUAUCGAUCCGUGUCCGAGAACUUGUGGACAAAUGGCUCAAUGUACUGUCGAAAAUCAUGUUCCCAUUUGUAGCUGCCCUCGCGGUUAUUCUGGAGAUCCAUUCUUCCAGUGUAAAGAAAUUGAUAUAGAGCCUCCUGCACCAAGGAAUCCUUGUGAACCUACACCUUGUGGGCCAAACAGUCAAUGCAGACAAGUUAAUUUGCAAGCAGUUUGCUCUUGUCUUCCAAAUUACGUAGGAUCGCCCCCAUCAUGCAGGCCACAAUGUGUAGUAAAUAGUGAAUGUGACACGUCUAAGGCAUGUAUAAACCAAAAAUGUGAUGACCCGUGCCCCAACACAUGUGGACUGAGAGCGCACUGCUUAGUGAAGAACCACAACCCAAUUUGUACCUGUCCAGCUGGCAUGACCGGCGAUCCUUUCACACAGUGUUAUCCUAUUCCCGCGACAACAGAGCGCCCACCAUCGUGUACACCGUCACCGUGUGGUCCACAUUCUCGUUGCCAACUUCUUGCUAGCGGACCAGCUUGUUCUUGUCUUCCUGGUUUCGUAGGAUCACCGCCAUCUUGUAGGCCUGAAUGUACAAUCAACUCCGAAUGCCCAGCGUCUUUAGCAUGUGUAAGACAGAAAUGUGACGACCCAUGUCCGGGGUCCUGCGGCGUCGAUGCAAAUUGUCAUGUAUUAAAUCACGUUGCUGUAUGUGUCUGUAAUGAAGGUUUCACGGGUGAUCCAUUCUCGAGGUGCAUUCAAAUACUAGAAGCACCGACAACCCCACUGCCAUCAGACCCAUGCAAUCCAAGUCCGUGUGGACCAAAUGCUCAAUGUGAUAAUGGAUUCUGUACAUGUUUGCCAGACUAUAGCGGAAAUCCUUACGAAUCCUGCAGGCCUGAAUGUACUGGAAGUCAAGAGUGCCCUAGAGAUAAAGCAUGCUUCAGAAACAAAUGCCGCAACCCAUGUCCUGGUGUUUGUGGACAAAAUGCUAAAUGUGACGUAAUAAACCACAUUCCUUCGUGCUCUUGUAUAUCAGAUUACACUGGUAAUCCAUUCACGCAAUGCCAUCCAAUGGAACACAGGCAGUCGCCACCUACAAGAGAGCCUUGCAGUCCAUCACCUUGUGGCCCCAAUAGUAUCUGCAGAACUACCGAUAAUACUGCAGUGUGCGCGUGUAUAGAAGGAUUCCAAGGUGCUCCACCAGCUUGCAGGCCAGAAUGUGUCGUCAGUUCAGAAUGUCCAUCUACUAAAGCUUGCGUCAAUCAAAAGUGCAUCAACCCUUGCAUUAACGCAUGUGGAGUAUCUGCUCGUUGUGAAGUUAUCAACCAUAGCCCCAUCUGUAGUUGCAAUCCAGGACAAACUGGGGAUCCGUUCAAGAGUUGUUAUGAUAUUGUGACUCCUCCAGAACCAAUUGAUGCCUGUAAUCCUUCACCAUGUGGUCCCAAUGCAGUAUGUUUAGAAAGAAAUGGAAAAGCCAAUUGCAGAUGUGUCGAUAAUUAUGUCGGUCAGCCUCCUAAUUGCAGACCCGAAUGCGUUAUCAAUCCAGAUUGUCCUUCAAACCAAGCGUGUGUUAGAAAUAAAUGUAUUGAUCCAUGCCCUGGUUCAUGUGGAGUAAAUGCAGAAUGUAUCAUCGUCAGCCACACUGUAUCAUGUACCUGCAGGGAAAAGUAUACGGGAAAUCCUUUCUUACAAUGUGUGCCUCAAGAAGAUACGGAAGUUCCUCUAUCACCAUGUGAUCCGUCACCAUGUGGUGCAAACGCUAUAUGUAGUCAGCGAGACGGCGCAGGAUCGUGUUCAUGCUUAGAAGGAUAUCAAGGAAAUCCAUACGAAGGUUGCCGUCCUGAGUGUGUUUUGAGUUCUGAUUGCUCUGCUGAUAAGGCAUGCAUCAGAAAUAAAUGUGCAGAUCCCUGCCCAGGAAUAUGUGGCACUUAUGCAGAAUGCACUGUCAUAAAUCAUGUUCCGUCCUGUGCAUGUGUAAAGGGAUAUACAGGAAAUCCAUUCGUUCAAUGCAGUAGGGCGGAACCCCCAACAGAUAUUCGACCUUGCCAACCAUCUCCAUGUGGACCAAAUAGUAUUUGCAGAGAAAAUGGAGGACUAGCUUCAUGUGAAUGCCUCCCUGAUUAUAGAGGUGCUCCGCCAGAUUGUCGCCCAGAAUGUACUGUCAGCAACGAAUGUCCGCCAGACCGCGCUUGCCAUAGAUUAAGAUGUGCUGAUCCCUGCAGCGGAACUUGUGGCAUAGGCGCUCACUGCCAGGUCAUCAAUCACAGUCCAUUAUGUAGCUGUCCAGCAGGAACAAGUGGUGAUCCGUUCACACGAUGCCUUGAAAUUCAAAUUCAAUACGAACAACCAGAUAGACCACCACAACCUUGCCAGCCAAACCCUUGCGGACCUUACAGUGAAUGUCGCGCAAUUAAUGGCAACCCUUCGUGUUCCUGUCUUCAAGGUUACGUAGGUUCUCCACCUGGAUGUCAUCCGGAAUGUCUUGUAAACACUGAUUGUCCAUCACAUCAAGCUUGUAUCGCUGAAAAAUGCAGAAAUCCUUGUGAAGGGUCGUGUGGUUUCAGAGCAGAAUGUCGUGUACAUGAUCAUAUACCGAUCUGCAGCUGCCCAUCUGGUCUGUCUGGAGAUCCUUUUAUUCAGUGCGUAGAAGCAGUUGUGACACCAACACCCUCACCAGAUCCUUGCAAUCCAUCGCCCUGUGGUAGCAACGCCAUCUGUGACUCAGGCGCAUGCUCAUGCGCAGCCGGCUACUUCGGUGAUCCUUACAGCGGCUGUCGUUUGGAAUGUAGUACAAACGGCGAAUGUGCGCCAACUAAGGCUUGUCAAGGAGGAAGAUGUAUCGAUCCUUGUCCUGGAGCUUGUGGGACUAGCGCAACAUGUUCUGUCAAUAACCAUAUCCCAUCAUGCACUUGUGCGCCGGGUUCAACCGGUGACCCCUUCUCAUUCUGUACAAAGAUUAAAGAAAUCGAUGUUCCUGCAGUGUCUCCUUGCUCGCCAUCACCAUGUGGCCCGUAUAGUGAAUGCACAGUAAGCCCCAAUGGCGCUGCCGCUUGUUCAUGUCGAUCGGGACACAUCGGAUCUCCGCCAUCUUGUCGGCCAGAGUGUCUCGUGAGCUCAGAGUGCAAGUUACAAUUGGCUUGCAUCGAUCGCAGAUGCCGUGACCCUUGUGAAGGUGCUUGCGGUCGAGGCGCACGAUGUCAAGUUAUCGCACAUUCACCAAUAUGUACUUGUAAUGACGGCUUCACUGGAGAUCCAUUUACUUUCUGCUAUCCGAAACCAGCGGCUCCACCUGAACCCACUGAUCCUUGCCAGCCAUCACCAUGUGGACCGAAUUCAAUUUGUAUAAAAUCGGGAGAAACACCAGCGUGUAGUUGUCAGCCUGGAUUCAUUGGAGCUCCUCCAAAUUGUCGACCAGAAUGUACCAUCAGCGCCGAAUGCCCAGCGGCAUUAGCUUGUGUUUCACUGCGAUGCACAGAUCCUUGCAUACAAGCUUGUGGUCCACGUGCAAUUUGUUCAGCAGUUGACCAUCGUGCGACAUGUGCAUGUGAACCAGGCCUAGAAGGCGAUCCAUUCCAGGGUUGCUCUCAACCUAAAGUUUCUCCAAAACUCGAGUACUUAAACCCAUGUGAACCUUCGCCUUGUGGGGCGAAUGCCGACUGUAAAGUACAAGGAAAUGCUGGCUCUUGCACCUGCCUGCCUGACUAUUUUGGAGACCCAUAUCGUGGCUGCAGGCCAGAGUGUUUAGCCGAUUCGGAUUGUCCAUUGACUUUAGCCUGUAAUAAGAACAAGUGCAUAGAUCCCUGUCCAGGAGUAUGUGGAUAUAACGCAGAUUGUUACGUUACAAACCAUAAACCGGCGUGUAAUUGUAGAAUUGGAUACACCGGAAAUCCAAUGUCUAUAUGUUCUAUUAUACGUGAAAAUGACGUUUCAGUUAUAAACGUUUGCAAUCCAUCGCCUUGUGGUAUCAAUGCAAUUUGCAAAGAAGUAAAUGGUCAACCAGUGUGUUCAUGUUUAUCAAAUUUCAUCGGAACACCGCCUAAUUGCAGACCUGAAUGUGUUGUUAAUUCUGAGUGCAAACCAAAUAGAGCGUGUGUUAAUCAGAGAUGUGUAAAUCCUUGUCCAAAACCAUGCGGUCAGAACACUGAAUGUAAAGUCAUCAAUCACAGCCCGGUUUGUUCGUGUAGACCUGGUUACUCAGGAAAUCCUUUCACCGUGUGCAGUUUAGUGUUACAAACUUUACCAAGCGUUGCAGCACCAUCAGACCCAUGUAUGCCUUCACCGUGUGGACUUUAUGCAGAAUGUCGUAAUAAUAACGGAUUGGCAUCCUGUUCCUGUUUACCAUCUUAUAUUGGAUCACCGCCAUAUUGUAAACCUGAAUGUGUUGUACAUUCUGAUUGCCCCAGCAAUCGAGCGUGUGUUUCGGAAAAAUGUAGAGACCCCUGUGAGGGCUCAUGUGGUAUAUACGCACAAUGUUUUGUGAACAACCACGUGCCAGUUUGCUUGUGUCCAGAUGGAUUCACUGGUGACCCAUUCAGACAGUGUAUAUCAAAACCUAUAGAAGAUACAACUGUAGCCAUUCCAAGUGAUCCAUGCAGGCCUAGUCCCUGUGGACCGAAUACAAUAUGUAAUAACGGCAUUUGUUCCUGUAUAGAGGAUUAUCAUGGAGAUCCUAACUUAGGAUGUCGUCCCGAAUGUGUUUAUAAUACAGACUGUCCUCUUGACAAAGGUUGUCAACGCAACAAAUGCGUUAAUCCUUGCAUCAACACCUGCGGAAUAAACGCCAUCUGCGAUGUUAUGAAUCACAUUCCAAUGUGCACGUGCCCGAAGGGUAUGAGCGGUAAUGCAUUUGUGGAGUGUCGCCCCGCAGCAGUGGUACAAACAAAUCCUUGUAACCCGUCUCCGUGUGGACCAAACAGCCAGUGUCGACAAUCAAACGGGCAAGCAGUAUGCUCAUGCGUGCCAGGCUAUCGCGGCAGUCCACCCACGUGUCGACCAGAAUGUGUGGUCAGCCUCGAGUGUCCGCUGAGAGAGGCAUGUAACAACCAAAAAUGUGUUAAUCCAUGCAUAGGAGCUUGUGGUGUCGCAGCUGUUUGUGACGUAAUCAACCAUAACCCAAUCUGCACAUGUCCACCAUCGUUCACCGGAGACCCAUUCGUUAGAUGCUCUAUUAUAGUUGCUGAACCGCCACAGGUUAACCCUUGUGAACCGUCACCUUGUGGACCGCAUUCAACAUGCAAAGUUAAUGGUGAAACACCUAUUUGUGCUUGUUUACCAACCUAUAAGGGUUCUCCUCCAAACUGCCGACCGGAAUGCAUCAGCAAUAGUGAAUGUGAUUACAAUUUGGCCUGCAAAAAUAACAAAUGCUCUGACCCUUGCAUAGGAGCUUGUGGAUCUAACGCAGAAUGCAGAGUGGUCAGUCAUGUUCCUAUGUGCCUUUGUCAAAUUGGGUACACUGGAGAUCCAUUUUCAUACUGUAGUCCACAGCCCCUAAUGGAGCCAAAUGAAAUAUUGACACCUUGUAAUCCAAGUCCCUGCGGAUCAAAUGCCAUAUGCCGAGAACAAAAGGGCGUUGGCUCGUGUACGUGUCUGGAAGGAUAUUCAGGAAAUCCAUAUGAAGGUUGCAGACCUGAGUGUAUCGUCAAUUCUGAUUGUCCCUUGAACAGAGCUUGUUCUAGAAUGAAAUGUAUUGACCCAUGUCCCGGCACUUGCGGGUCGAACGCUUUAUGCCAAGUUAAUAAUCACAUGCCGACAUGUUUGUGCCAGCCAGGUUAUACAGGAAAUCCAUUCAGCUACUGUACCAUCAUGCAAGAACCUGUAGUUGCGGAAAGCAAUCCAUGCAGUCCUUCGCCGUGUGGACCAAACAGUCAAUGCAAAGAAAUGAAUCAACAAGCAAUUUGUUCAUGUUUACCUUCAUUCAACGGUUCGCCUCCGAACUGCCGACCUGAAUGUGUUGUAAGCUCGGAGUGUUCUUCAAACCUGGCAUGUGUGAAUCAAAAGUGCGUCAAUCCGUGCAUUGGAAGUUGCGGUCAAAAUGCCAAUUGCAAUGUCAUUAACCACAGUCCAAUAUGUGUAUGCAAACAAGGCUUGACGGGAAAUCCAUUUACAAGAUGUUAUCCCAUAAAAAUAUCGCAACCUCCGACUAAUAUACCAGUGAAUCCUUGUUUGCCAUCACCUUGUGGCCUAUAUGCUGAGUGCAAUAAUAUCGGAAGUGCACCGACUUGUGCUUGCCAACCCGGAUACAUGGGAAGUCCACCGAACUGCAGACCAGAGUGUACAAUUAAUUCAGAGUGUCCUAGCAACCAAGCAUGUAUUAACGAAAAGUGUCGCGAUCCAUGUCUUGGCGCCUGCGGUUUAGAAGCACAAUGCACCGUGUUCAAUCACAUUGCCCAGUGCGGAUGCAUAGAACGUUACACAGGAGAUCCAUUUAGCCGUUGCUUCCCGAUGCCACUUGAAGAAGAGCCCUCCACUGAUCCGUGUAGCCCAUCACCUUGUGGGGCAAAUGCAAAUUGUAACAAUGGGUUGUGCACUUGUUUGCCCGAAUACCUAGGCGACCCAUACGUUGGAUGCAGGCCGGAGUGUUUAAUGAGUACCGACUGCCCACAAAAUAAAGCAUGUCUUAGGAACAAAUGUAUAGAUCCUUGUAUAAACACUUGCGGACGAGAUGCAAUUUGCAAUGUCUAUAAUCACAUACCUAUGUGCACUUGUAGAGAGGGAUUCUCUGGAAACGCUUUCUUUGAAUGCAGGCCAUUUAUUGCGAAUGACAACAUCAAUCCGUGCAAUCCCUCACCGUGUGGACCUAACAGCCAAUGUCGAGACAUCAAUGGGCAAGCUAUUUGCUCUUGUUUACCCAGCUAUGUAGGAGCGCCGCCAACUUGUAGGCCAGAAUGUGUUUCAAGUGCGGAAUGUGCUCUUAACAGAGCAUGUUCAAACCAGCGUUGUAUAGAUCCAUGUAAAGGAACAUGUGGGGCUGGUGCGCAAUGUCAAGUCAUAAAUCACAAUCCAAUAUGCUCCUGCCCCUCUGGUUUUACUGGAGAUCCAUUCAGCAGAUGCAUCGUACAAGAGAUCAACUAUACACCACCUUAUGUCAAUCCAUGUGAACCUUCUCCAUGUGGCCCUAACUCGAUUUGUAAAGAAAUAGGUGGUUCACCAUCCUGCGCCUGUCUAGAUAAUUACACAGGAAGUCCUCCAAGAUGCCGCCCUGAAUGUGUGGCUAAUUCAGAAUGUCCAAACGAACUGGCUUGUAUCAAUAACAAAUGCAGAGAUCCUUGCAUUGGAUUAUGUGGUCAGGGUGCCGAAUGUAGAGUUAUCAGUCACUCUCCGCAAUGCUUGUGUCCACCUGGUUACACUGGAGAUGCUUUCAGAGGAUGUAAUGUUUUAGAUGUUCCUCUGACACCCUGUACGCCUUCACCAUGUGGACCUAAUGCUAUAUGUAAAGAACAGAGAGGUGCUGGAUCAUGUGUUUGCUUGCCAGACUACAUAGGGAACCCUUACGAAGGAUGUCGUCCAGAAUGUGUAGUGAACUCGGAUUGUUCCAGCAACUUAGCUUGCAUUCAAAAUAAGUGCAAAAAUCCAUGCAUAAAUAUCUGUGGAACAAAUGCCGUGUGCAAUGUCAUUAACCAUACACCAAAAUGCGAAUGUCUGCCAGGUUUAAUAGGGAGUCCGUACCAAAAUUGUUACGAGCCACCGCAAAAUAUACCAUCAGUCACAAGAGACCCGUGUGUACCAUCACCAUGUGGGCCAAAUAGCGUGUGCAAAGUAUCUAAUGACCAAGCUGUAUGCACUUGUCAGCCUGAGUUUGUUGGUACUCCACCUGCCUGCAGACCUGAAUGUCUUGUCAGCUCUGAAUGUACUCAACAACAAGCUUGUAUACGUCAAAAAUGUAGGAAUCCAUGUGAAGGCGUUUGUGGGCUAAACGCGGAGUGUAAAGUCAUCAAUCACAGUCCAGUAUGCACAUGUCAAUCACGUUACACUGGUGAUCCGUUCAACAGAUGUUAUAAUUUACCAAUUAACGAUGUAGUGCUUGUUCCAACAAAUCCUUGCGUACCUUCUCCUUGUGGACCGUUCUCUCAGUGUAGAGAUAUUAAUGGAGUUCCGUCAUGCUCUUGUUUGCCUCAAUACAUGGGAAGUCCGCCGAACUGUCGUCCAGAAUGUACAAUUAAUACUGAUUGUCCAAGUGACAAGGCGUGUAUCAACCGGCGGUGCAUUGACCCCUGCCCCGGUUCAUGCGGUAUCAACGCUAAUUGCAGAGUACAAUCCCACUUGGCUAUUUGUAUUUGUAACGACGGGUACAUUGGUGAUCCAUUCAAUAGCUGCUCUUUGAAACCUGAAAUGGAUACAACACCAGUAAACCCCUGCAAUCCUUCACCGUGUGGACCCAAUGCAUUCUGUAAUGACGGCGUCUGUACCUGUCUGCCGGAAUAUUCAGGAGACCCGUACUUCGAAUGUCGCCCUGAGUGUACCAUGAGUUCUGAUUGUCCCUUAGAUAAAACUUGCGUCAGAAACCGUUGUGUCAAUCCUUGCAUAAACACAUGUGGAGUAAAUGCCAACUGUGAAGUCGUUACCCAUAUGGCAGUUUGUACGUGUCCACCAAAAACCACAGGAAAUGCGUUUAUUCAAUGUAACCCCAUUAGAGAUGUUUUACCAGUAAAUCCUUGUCAACCUAGUCCUUGUGGAUCAAACAGCCAAUGUAGAGAAUUUAACGACCAAGCUGUAUGUUCCUGCUUGCCUGGUUUCCGUGGAGCACCACCAGUAUGUCGACCAGAAUGCGUUUCAAGUUCUGAUUGUCCGCUGGACAAGGCAUGCAGCAAUCAAAAAUGUAUAGACCCCUGCCAAGGAACAUGUGGUAUUGCAGCUAAAUGUCAAGUCGUCAAUCACAACCCAAUAUGCAGUUGUCCUUCUGGUCUAACAGGAGAUCCAUUUACAAGAUGCAUAUCAAUUCCAGUCGCAAUACCAUCAACACCGGUAAACCCUUGUCAACCAUCUCCAUGCGGUCCUAAUUCUAUUUGUCAACCAACGGGUGGAGAGAUACCAUCAUGUCAAUGUAUGCCUGAAUUUAUUGGAGCACCACCAAAUUGUCGUCCUGAGUGUAUAGCCAACAGUGAAUGUGCCCCUCAAACGGCUUGUAUAAAUAGAAAAUGUCAGAACCCUUGCGUGCAAGCUUGUGGUGCAAACGCAGAAUGUAGAGUUGUUAGUCACACGGCAAUUUGCAUCUGCCCUGAAGGUUACACUGGUGAUGCCUCUAUACAGUGUAGCAUUAACGCUAUUUCUGCGUACGAGCCACUAUCUCCGUGCACUCCAUCACCGUGCGGUUUGAACGCAGAAUGUAGAGAGCAAUCUGGAGCUGGCGCUUGCGUGUGUGUGCAAGGAUACUUUGGAAAUCCUUAUGAAGGGUGUCAUCCUGAAUGUUUGGUGAAUUCUGACUGUUCAAGUAAUAAAGCUUGUACAAGAAAUAAGUGCAUUGACCCGUGUCCAGGAACGUGUGCAGCGAACGCCGACUGUCAAGUAGUGAAUCAUUCGCCAUUGUGUACAUGUCGCGCUGGAUACACCGGAGAUCCGUUCCGUCAAUGUAUUACUAUACAACAAAUUGAGGUCGAGACCAAUCCAUGCCAGCCAUCGCCAUGUGGUCCUAACAGUCAAUGUAGAAUAUCAAACGGUCAAAGUGUGUGUUCAUGUCUACCUGAGUACAGAGGUUCUCCACCAAACUGCAGACCCGAAUGUGUCGUAAGCACAGAAUGUCCAACAGAUAAAACCUGCAAAAAUCAAAAGUGUUUAUCUCCGUGCCCAGGACCUUGCGGUCAAAAUGCUGACUGCAGAGUUAUUAAUCAUAGUCCCAUAUGCACGUGUCAAAACAAAUAUACAGGAGAUCCAUUCUCCAGAUGCUAUAUAAUUCCGACACCACCACCAAUUCCGGCACCUGAUAGAGAUCCCUGCAUUCCAUCACCUUGUGGCGCUAAUGCACAAUGUCGAAAUAUUGGAGGCACGCCAUCUUGCUCAUGUUUACCCAACUUCGAAGGAAGUCCACCAAACUGCAGACCUGAAUGUAGUAUAAACGAAGAGUGCCCUAGCAAUCUUGCUUGUAUUAAUCAGAAGUGCAGAGACCCUUGUCCUGGUUCCUGUGGAAUAAACGCAAACUGCCAAGUCAUCAAACACUUUUCCGUUUGUACCUGCAUAGAUGGCUUCACUGGAAAUGCGUUUACACAAUGUACACCAAUACCGCCGAAAGUACAAGACGACCCAUGCAAUCCUUCGCCCUGUGGAGCCAACGCAGAAUGUUUCAAAGGGCAAUGCACAUGUUUACCUGAAUUUCAAGGUGAUCCUUAUUCUGGUUGUCGCCCUGAAUGCGUCCAAAACUCAGAAUGUGAUCGCAGCAAAGCUUGUAUUCGUAAUAAGUGCAUGGAUCCUUGUCCCGGCACUUGUGCCCGUACAGCAAUUUGCAAUGUUAUUAAUCACAUACCAAUGUGCAGUUGUCCAGAAAGAAUGACCGGCAAUGCAUUUGUUGAAUGCCGUCCUGUUUUAGAAGCAGUAAUUGAAAAUCGUUGUCAGCCUUCUCCAUGUGGCCCUAACAGCCAAUGCAGAGAAAUAAAUGGUCAAGCCAUUUGUUCCUGUGCACCAAACUACAUAGGAUCACCACCAACCUGCCGACCUGAAUGCACAAUAAGUGCAGAAUGUCCUUUGAGUCAAGCGUGUAGUAAUCAGCAUUGCAUUAACCCAUGCAUUGGCUCAUGUGGCGUAAAUGCUGAAUGUAAAGUUGUAAAUCAUAACCCAAUUUGCACUUGUCCAACAUCAUUCUCCGGGGAUCCAUUUUCAAGAUGCUUCAAACUUCCGGAUCGACUGCCAGAACCCGCACAUCCAUGCACACCUUCACCUUGUGGGCCAAACUCUAUUUGCAAAGAAGUUAACGAAGCCCCAUCAUGUACUUGCUUGGAAGGAUUCCAAGGUCAACCACCUUACUGCAGACCAGAAUGCAGUAGCAACGAAGAAUGUUCUCUUCAUCUCUCGUGCAUUAACAUGAAAUGUAAAAACCCUUGCGAAGGCGCUUGCGGCACCAAUGCAGAAUGUAAAGUUGUUAGCCACUCGCCUAUUUGUUUAUGUCCCUACGGAUAUACUGGUGAUCCGUUUUCGGCAUGCAGACAAACUCCUUUGCAGAUUGAACCAUUAACUAAUCCAUGUUCGCCUUCACCUUGUGGCGCUAACGCUAUGUGCAAAGAAAGAUACAACGCUGGGUCAUGUAGUUGCAUUGAAGGUUAUUUCGGUAACCCGUACGAAGGUUGUCGACCAGAAUGUGUAGUCAAUACAGAUUGCCCCUCAAAUAGAGCUUGCGUCAAUAAUAAAUGUGCGGAUCCUUGUCCAGGAAGUUGUGGUACUAAUGCAGAGUGUCAAGUAGUCAAUCACUCACCUUUAUGUAGCUGCAUAAAUGGGUUUACUGGAGAUCCAUUUAAAUAUUGCGUAUAUCAAGAGCCAACACCUCUACCUGCUCCCGUGGAUGCCUGCUAUCCGUCACCAUGUGGACCCAACAGCCAAUGUAGAACUCAGAACGGUCAAGCUAUAUGCUCAUGCUUACCUGAAUACGUUGGUUCGCCACCUAAUUGUCGACCAGAAUGUGUAGUGAGCUCAGAAUGUCCACACGACAAGGCUUGUCUCAAAAACAAAUGCGUAGAUCCUUGCCCAAGACCUUGCGGCCUUAAUGCCAACUGCAAAGUAAUAAAUCAUAGUCCAAUUUGUUCAUGCAAAUCUUCAUACACCGGAGAUCCAUUUACUCGCUGUACUCCAAUUCAAUAUGAACCAGUACCAGAAAUUAAAAAUCCUUGUAUUCCAUCUCCAUGUGGUCCUAAUGCUGAAUGCAGAGAUAUUGGCGGCAGCCCAUCAUGUUCUUGUCAUCCAACAUUCAUAGGAAGCCCUCCAAAUUGCAGACCAGAGUGUACUAUACAUCCUGACUGCGCCAGUAACCAAGCAUGUAUCAAUUCAAAAUGCCGCGAUCCUUGUCCUGGGUCAUGCGGAGUGUCAGCUACAUGCAGUGUGCUUAAUCACAUACCCAUCUGUACUUGUAUUGAAGGAUAUGUAGGAGAUCCAUUUACCAGCUGCAGACCUAAACCUUUAGAAGUGGAACCUAAUAUACUAGAUGCAUGCGCUAAUAUAAGAUGUGGUCCGAACGCUCAAUGUGUUAACGGCCAGUGCCAAUGUUUACCAGAGUAUCAUGGCGACCCAUACUUCAAUUGUCGACCAGAAUGUGUAUACAGCACCGACUGUGAUCAAAACAAAGCUUGCGUCCAAAGAAAAUGUGUCGAUCCUUGUAUCGGAGCCUGCGGUCAAAAUGCCAUCUGUCAAGUUAUCAAUCACAUUCCAAUGUGUAGUUGUAAUGCUGGAUUUACUGGAAAUGCCUUUGUCACAUGUAAUCCUAAUAGAGCUACCCCUACUGAACGUCCAUGUAGUACGGCAGUAUGUGGUCCAAACAGUCAAUGUCGAGAGAUAAACAAACAAGCCGUAUGUUCAUGUCUACCCACAUAUCUCGGCAUACCACCAGCUUGUAGGCCUGAAUGUGUGUCCAAUUCUGAAUGUCCACAAAAUCAGGCUUGUAUGCAGCAAAAAUGUGUAAAUCCUUGCAUAGGGGUAUGCGGAGUAAGAGCAACAUGCGAAGUGGUGAACCACAAUCCAAUUUGUGCAUGCCCACCAGCUCAUUCUGGUGAUCCAUUCGUACAGUGUACAUUUGUAGCAAACGCACCUCCAGUAGAAGUCAAUCCGUGCCAGCCUUCACCAUGUGGACCUAAUUCAAUAUGCCAAGAAAUCAACGGAAGUCCAUCGUGCACAUGCAUGCCUGAAUACAAAGGACAACCGCCUUACUGUAAACCGGAAUGUAUCAGUAACAGUGAAUGUCCUACACAAUUGGCUUGCGUUAAUUUGAAAUGUAAAGACCCAUGUGUUGGAGCUUGUGGUGCAAACGCUGAAUGUCGCGUAGUUAGCCAUUCAGCCAUGUGUAUAUGUCCACAAGGAUAUGUUGGCGACCCAUUUACACAAUGCUCAUUACAAGUUUAUACUGAAAUUUUAACACCCUGUUCGCCCUCACCAUGUGGAUCUAAUGCUGUAUGUAAAGAACAAAACAAAGUAGGCUCAUGCACAUGUAAUGAAGGAUAUUUCGGAAAUCCAUAUGAAGGAUGCCGUCCAGAAUGUGUGAGUCACUCAGAUUGUCCCGGCAACAGAGCAUGUAUUGGAAACAAGUGUCAAGACCCCUGCCCAGGAACCUGCGGAGUUAAUGCCGAAUGUACAACAGUUAACCACUCUCCAAAUUGCGUUUGCGUUGUCGGUUAUACCGGCGAUGCAUACCGACGGUGUUCUCCAAUAACUGUACCCGAUCCGACUCCAGUGAACGUCUGUUAUCCUAAUCCAUGUGGGGCUAACAGUCAAUGUCGCGAGAUCAACGGUCAGGCAGUUUGUAGCUGUAUGCCAAAUUAUUUCGGCCAACCACCAGCUUGCAAGCCGGAAUGUUUAUUACACUCCGAUUGUAGUACUGACAAAGCAUGUGUAAAUCAGAAGUGCGUGAAUCCCUGUCCCGGUCCAUGUGGACAAAGAGCUGAAUGUAGAGUAUUCAACCACAAUCCUAUUUGUAGUUGCACUACAGGAUUUACAGGGGAUCCUUUCACGAGAUGCUAUCCCAAACCAGCCAUAUUACCGUCAUUGGAUGAGACGAGGGACCCCUGUGUACCAUCACCCUGCGGUCCGAAUUCCAUUUGUCGCAACAAUGGUGGACAGGCAUCCUGCUCAUGCUCUCCAAAUUACUUAGGAAGCCCACCGAACUGCCGACCAGAAUGUGUUACAAAUCAAGACUGUAUGAGCUCACUAGCUUGUAUAAAUGAAAAAUGCAAAGACCCGUGCCCUGGGUCUUGUGGUCAAAAUGCACGCUGCUCAGUACUUAAUCAUGUCACCAUCUGCACUUGUCUUGAAGGGUUCAAAGGAGAUCCAUUUACGCAGUGCAUACUACAACCGAUAAAAGAUCCUGCACCCCUUGAUUUAUGCAACCCUUCACCAUGCGGCAGCAACGCUAUAUGCAAUAACGGCGACUGCACGUGUUUACCAGAAUAUCACGGCGAUCCUUAUGUCGGUUGUAGACCGGAAUGUACUGUCAGUACAGAUUGUCAAAGAGACCAAAUUUGUGUGAGGAAAAAGUGUGUAAGGCCCUGCCCAGACACCUGCGGCAUUAAUGCUAUAUGCGAAGUAAUAAACCAUGUUCCUAUGUGCAGCUGCCCAGCUGGUUACACUGGCAACUCAUUUGUAGCUUGUAAUCUGCUUCAAGCACCUUUGCCAACAAAUCCGUGUAACCCCAGCCCCUGCGGACCCAACAGCCAAUGCAGAGAAAUAAAUAACGUUGCAGUAUGCUCAUGUCUACCAAGCUACUCGGGCAACCCACCAACUUGCCGGCCUGAAUGCACCACAAGUGCUGAAUGUCAACUUAAUAAGGCGUGUAAUAAUUACAAAUGUAUCAAUCCUUGCACUGGAGCUUGUGGUAUUGGAGCAUUAUGUGAUGUGAUAAAUCACAAUCCCAUAUGUUCAUGCCCUAACGGUUUCACCGGAGAUCCAUUCAGUAGAUGUAUUCCAAAACCACUUGAAAUCCCACCCCAAGUAAAUCCUUGCUCACCGUCGCCAUGUGGACCUAACUCUAUCUGCCAGGCUAUAAAUGAUUCGCCUUCUUGCUCGUGCAUGCCUCAAUAUGUCGGGGUACCACCUAAUUGCCGUCCAGAAUGCACAACGAACAGCGAGUGUCCAAAUCACUUAGCGUGUAUUAACAAUAAAUGUGGGGAUCCUUGUACAGGUGCUUGUAGUUCCUCGGCUCAAUGUCGAGUAGUAAGUCACAGUCCUAACUGCGUUUGUCCACCUGGUUACAUUGGAGAUCCGUUUGUGUCAUGCAAUUUGCAACAACAUGCUCCUCCAGAGCAACGACCAACACCAUGCACCCCAUCACCAUGUGGAAGCAACGCUAUCUGUACAGAGCGUAAUAAUGCCGGCUCAUGCACUUGUUCCCCUGGUUAUUUUGGAAAUCCCUAUGAAGGAUGUCGGCCCGAAUGCACAGUUAACUCAGAUUGUUCGUCAAAUAGAGUAUGCCAGCAAAAUAAAUGUCAAGAUCCGUGCCCAGGCACUUGCGCAUAUAAUGCGCAGUGCCAGACUGUGAAUCACGUUCCCAUAUGCACUUGCUUACAGGGAUACACAGGAAAUCCUUUCCAAUAUUGUAACAUUAUUAUACAACAAAUCGAGACAUCGAAUCCUUGUACUCCAUCACCAUGCGGUCCAAACAGUGUUUGCAAAGUAGUAAAUGAGCAAGGCGUAUGCAGUUGUCUUCCGGGAUACCGUAACUCCCCACCUAACUGCAGGCCCGAAUGUGUUGUUAGUUCUGAAUGUCCGACAAAUAGAGCUUGCAUUAGUCAGAAAUGUAGCGAUCCAUGCGUAGGUCAAUGUGGUCAAAAUGCUCGGUGUCACGUGAUAAACCACAGUCCGAUUUGCUCUUGUAUAGACCGAUACACAGGUGAUCCAUUCAGCAGAUGUUAUCUAAUGAUAGCACCAGUAGAAAAUGAACCACUAAAGAACCCAUGUUUGCCAUCACCCUGUGGACCAUUCAGUCAAUGUCGGGACAUUGGAGGUAUUCCAUCCUGCACAUGUCAGCCCAACUACAUAGGUGCACCACCGAACUGUCGCCCAGAAUGUACAAUUAAUGCCGAUUGUGCAAGUAACCUGGCAUGUAUAAAUCAGAGAUGCAAGGAUCCUUGUCCAGGGUCAUGCGGAAUAAAUGCUCAAUGUUUUGUAAAAAAUAACAUGCCAAUUUGUACCUGCUUAGACAAUUAUAUCGGCGAUGCUUUCAUCGAAUGCAAAUUACAACAACCUCCUCGUGAUGAAAUAGAUCCUUGCAAUCCUUCGCCAUGUGGUGCAAACGCAAUAUGUAAUAGCGGUGAAUGCACAUGUCUUCCGGAAUAUCAAGGAGAUCCCUACUUUGAAUGUCGACCUGAAUGUGUACUAAGCUCAGACUGCGCACAAGAUAAGGCAUGUUUCCGUAACAAAUGCGUGAAUCCAUGCAACAGCGGCGUAUGUGCAAGCAACGCAAUUUGUGAAGUUAUCAAUCACGUUCCCAUGUGUAGAUGUCCAGAAAGUAUGACAGGAAACGCUUUCGUACAAUGCGUUACAUUAAUAGUUGAAACACCACGACCUUGUCAACCCAGCCCAUGUGGACCUAACAGUCAAUGUCGUGAUAUAAAUGGGCAAGCAGUAUGCUCCUGUCUAUCUGGAUUCAUAGGAAGCCCACCUUCCUGUAGACCGGAAUGUGUAGUCAGCACUGAUUGUUUACCUAGUGAAGCUUGCAGCAACAGGAAAUGUAUAAAUCCUUGCCAAGGAGCAUGUGGAAUUGGAGCCCAAUGUCAAGUGAUUAAUCACAAUCCUAUUUGUUCGUGCCCACCAUCGAAUACAGGAAAUCCAUUUGUAAGGUGUAUUAUACAAGAAUUUACUCCCGAGCCUGUGAAUCCAUGCGUACCAUCUCCUUGUGGACCUAACUCCGUUUGUAAGGAAACUUCAGGUGCGCCCUCGUGCUCUUGUCUUGCCGGAUUUGUUGGGUCACCACCUUAUUGCAAGCCAGAAUGUAUUAGCAAUUCUGAAUGUCCCACACAUCGCGCCUGCAUCAACGAAAAAUGCAUGGAUCCUUGUGUUGGAUCAUGUGGCGCCAACGCAGAAUGUCACGUCAUAAGUCAUUCGCCUUCAUGUUCUUGUAUAUAUGAUUACACAGGAAAUCCAUUUGUAGAAUGUCACAGAAUAGAAAUAGUACAAGAUAUUACAACACCAUGUCAACCAUCUCCCUGUGGCGCUAAUGCUAUAUGCAAAGAAUUUAAUGGCGCUGGCUCUUGCACAUGCUUACCAGAGUAUCACGGAAAUCCUUACGAAGGUUGUAGACCAGAAUGUUUAAUUAACACCGACUGUCCGUCCAACAAGGCAUGUCUGCAAAAUAAAUGUCAGGAUCCCUGUCCAGGAGCUUGCGCACCAAAUGCAAUUUGCCAAGUGGUUAAUCAUGCUCCUUCUUGCUCAUGUGAACGUGGCCAUACUGGCGAUCCAUUCCGGUACUGCACUCCUGAACAAGUUGCGCAAUUACCAAUUAACGUUUGUCAACCAUCACCAUGUGGGCCAAACAGCAAAUGUCAAGAAGUAAAUCAACAAGCAGUAUGCUCAUGUUUACCAAAUUACAUUGGAUCUCCACCUGGAUGUCAUCCAGAGUGCGUCGUAAGCACUGAAUGUUCUAGAGAUAAAGCUUGUAUCAAUCAGAGAUGUGAAAAUCCGUGUCUGGGAACGUGCGGCAUCAACUCUGAAUGUAGAGUGAUCAAUCACAGUCCAAUAUGCCAAUGCAAGCAACGUUACACCGGUGAUCCAUUCACAAGAUGUAAUCCUUUGCCACCCCCUGUUGCCAAUGUCGAGUUAGAACCAUACAGAAACCCAUGUCUGCCUUCACCAUGUGGGCCUAAUGCAAUAUGCCAAGAGAUUGGAAACAUACCAUCGUGCAGUUGUAUGCCAACUUAUAUCGGAAGUCCGCCGAAUUGCAGGCCUGAGUGCACAAUCAAUGCUGAAUGUCCAAGUUCUCAGGCAUGCAUUCAACAAAAAUGCCGUGAUCCAUGUCAAGGAUCAUGUGGUAUAGGUGCAUUAUGCACAGUAUCACGUCAUACGCCCAUGUGUACCUGUCCCGAAGGAUAUACCGGUGAUGCUUUUAAUGUUUGUAAUCCAAAACCACUUGAAUUAGACAUCGUCGACAAAUGCAAUCCAUCUCCCUGCGGUUUAAAUGCCAUAUGUAGAGACGGCAACUGCUAUUGCAUUGAGGAACAUCAAGGUGACCCUUACGUUGGCUGUCGACCCGAAUGUGUUCUAAGCUCAGACUGCUCAAGAGAGAAAGCAUGUGUAAAGAACAAGUGUGUCGAUCCUUGCAGAGGCACAUGUGCUUCGAACGCUAUUUGUGAAGUGUUAAACCAUAUACCUAUGUGCAGCUGCCCUCAAGGAAUGACUGGCAACGCAUUCUAUAAUUGCGAUCCUAUACAACUGCCAAGUCUGAAAAAUCCAUGCCUUCCAUCGCCUUGUGGACCAAACAGUCAUUGUAGAGAAGUGAACGGACAAGCAGUAUGUACUUGUGUACCAGGAUAUAGAGGUAGCCCUCCAUUAUGCCGACCUGAAUGUGUUGUAAGCUCAGAUUGCCCCUCCAACAAGGCGUGUAGUAACCAGAAAUGUAUCGACCCCUGCAUCGGAUCAUGUGGCGUUCAAGCAAAAUGUAAUGUUGUAAAACAUAAUCCUAUCUGUAUUUGUCCAGCUUCAUAUACAGGAGAUCCAUUUGUCAGAUGUGUGCCAUAUAGACCACCACUUGCCGAUGUGACACCUUGCACUCCUUCUCCGUGUGGUCCUAACUCUAUUUGCAAAGAAGCAUCUGGCUCUCCUUCAUGUACAUGUAUGCCGAACUUCUUUGGAUCGCCUCCAUAUUGUAGACCGGAAUGUACUAGCAAUAGUGAAUGUCCGUCUAAUCAGGCAUGCAUAAACCAAAAAUGUAAAGACCCUUGCAUUAAUGCAUGUGGUGUAAACGCUCAGUGUAGAACAAUCAGCCAUUCGCCGACAUGCUUCUGUGAUAACGGUUACACUGGUGAUCCAUUCUCCAGCUGUAAUUUUGUACAAGAAAGUAUUCCCGAUCGAUCAAGUCCUUGUGAGCCAUCGCCAUGUGGGCCCAACGCCAUAUGUAAAGAGCAAAAUAGAGCUGGUUCAUGUAGUUGUCUGCCAGAAUAUAUCGGAAACCCAUAUGAAGGCUGCCGCCCGGAAUGUACUGUAAAUACCGACUGUACACCGAAUAAAGCAUGUAUUCGUAAUAAAUGUCAAGACCCAUGUCCUGGUACUUGCGGAUCUCUAGCAACAUGUGCCGUGGUUAACCAUUUACCAACAUGCAGUUGCCCUCAGGGAUAUACAGGCGACCCAUACCGAAGAUGUGAUAUUCAAAAUGAACCGUUACCAGAAAUCCCAACUCCAUGCGUACCAAAUCCAUGUGGACCAAAUAGCGUCUGUCGUCCAGUAAAUGGUCAAAGCGUAUGUUCUUGCAUGCCUAAUUAUAUAGGAUCGCCACCGGGAUGUCGACCUGAGUGUACAGUAAGCUCAGAGUGCCCCACGGAUAAGGCUUGCAUUAAUCAAAAAUGCUCUCCUCCAUGCCCUGGACACUGUGGAUCUAAUACUGACUGUAGAGUGAUAAAUCACAGUCCUAUAUGCUCUUGCAGCCCUAGUUUCACUGGAGACCCCUUUACUCGCUGUUAUCCACAACCGCCAGUGCAGCACAUUCCAGAAAUAUACAAAAACCCUUGCGUCCCAAGCCCAUGUGGUAAUAACGCUGAAUGUCGUGAUAUUAAUGGGUCACCAUCUUGUACUUGCAUGCUGAACUAUUUAGGAAGUCCACCAAAUUGUAGACCUGAAUGUGCUAUUAAUCAAGAUUGUCCAUCAAACAUGGCGUGUAUGAAUAUGAGAUGCCGAGACCCCUGUCCUGGAAGCUGUGGACAAAAUGCUGUGUGCACGGUGUUCAGCCACUCACCGGCUUGCUCAUGCUCACAAGGAUUUACUGGCGAUCCAUUCACCAGUUGUGCUGUUUUACCACCAGUAAUAGAUAAUAUUCCAUUGGAUCCAUGCAACCCAUCGCCAUGUGGAUUCAACGCUCAAUGUAGAGAUGGAAUAUGCAUGUGCUUGAAUGACUAUCAUGGAGACCCAUAUUUCGGCUGUAAACCAGAAUGUGUAAAUAAUAAUGAUUGUCCUAUAGACAAAGUAUGCAGCCGCAAUAAGUGUAUAAACCCAUGUCCAGGAACAUGCGCUCCAUCUGCCCAAUGCAAUGUGUUUAAUCAUAUUCCAAUGUGUUCCUGUCCUGAAGGAGCAACUGGUAACGCUUUCUUGGAAUGUCACAGAAUCGAGAUUGCUAUCGUGGAACCCUGCAACCCAAGUCCAUGCGGCCCGAACAGUCAAUGCAGACCCGUGAACAACCAAGCCGUAUGCUCGUGUCUGCCAGCGUUCAUUGGUAGUCCUCCAUCCUGUCGACCAGAAUGUACAAUAAGUGCUGAGUGCCCACAAAAUGAAGCCUGCAACAAUCAUAAGUGCAUCAAUCCUUGCUUGGGUACUUGUGGCUAUGGAGCAAAAUGUGAAGUUAUCAACCACAAUCCUAUUUGCUCAUGCCCAGCGCAAUACACCGGCGAUCCAUUUACACGCUGUUCUCUGAUAGUUGCGACACCAUUGCCUCCUGUCGACCCCUGCACACCAUCUCCGUGUGGUCCAUACUCAGUAUGUAAAGUUAUCGGAGAAUCGCCAUCAUGCACUUGUCAGCCGGAUUACAAUGGUUCUCCUCCAAACUGCCGACCAGAAUGCGUCAGUAAUUCUGAAUGUCCAAGCAAUUUGGCAUGUGUCAAUCAACGAUGCAAAGAUCCAUGCCCAGGUAGUUGUGGGUACAACGCUGACUGCAAAAUUAUAAGCCAUGCUCUGGUGUGCUCUUGUCCAUUUGGUCAAACUGGAGAUCCUCUAGUAUCAUGCAGUCCAGUCAAAGACACUGUCGUAGAAUAUAGUUCACCUUGUGAUCCUUCGCCAUGCGGACUUAAUGCGGAAUGUACUGAGAGAAACGGAGCAGGUUCUUGCAAGUGCCUAGAAACCUACGUCGGAAAUCCAUACGAAGGAUGUAGACCCGAAUGUGUAAUAAACAGUGACUGUCCACCCAUGUUAGCUUGUGUACAAAACAAAUGUAGAGACCCUUGUCCUGGAGUAUGCGCUCCUAACGGAAUCUGUCAGGUCGUGAAUCACUUGCCCUCUUGUUACUGCCCACCGGGACUGACUGGCAACGCAUAUUCAUACUGCGUGGAAAUUGUAGAAGAUGUAAUCAAACCAGCGCCCUGCACGCCAUCUCCUUGUGGCCCCAACAGUCAAUGCCGUGAAGUAAAUUCACAAGCAGUGUGCAGUUGUAUGACAGACUUUAUGGGAACUCCACCGAACUGUCGACCGGAAUGCACAAUUAAUAGCGAAUGUACGAGCGAUAAAGCAUGUUUAAAUCGCAAGUGUGUUAAUCCAUGCAGAAACCAAUGCGGAAGGAAUGCAAAUUGCAGAGUUAUUGCCCACAAUCCUAUUUGUUCAUGCCAAGAUCGAUUUACUGGGGACCCGUUCACUAACUGUGUACCAAUGCCAGUGUCUGUUCCUCCACCACCUCAAAAUGCCAAUCCUUGCGUUCCAUCACCUUGUGGACCGAAUGCUGAGUGUCAGGAAUAUGGCGGUACAGCUCGCUGUACUUGCCGUCCCAACUACAUCGGCUCUCCACCUAGAUGCAGACCUGAAUGCACCAUCAAUUCGGAAUGCAGUGCUGCCAUGGCAUGUAUUAACAACAAAUGCGCAGACCCGUGCCCAGGAGCAUGCGGACGCAGUGCUCAAUGUAUCGUCAACAACCACUUACCUAUUUGUUCCUGUGUACCCGGAUACACCGGUGAUCCGUUCGUCAGCUGCCGUCCUAUGCCUCAAGAAGUGGAGCCCGUGAAUCCUUGCUCUCCGUCACCCUGUGGUACAAAUGCAAUUUGUCAAGAUGGCACAUGCUCAUGCAUACCGGAAUAUCAUGGUGACCCAUACUUCACCUGCAAACCAGAAUGUGUGCUCAACUCAGACUGCCCAAGAGAUAAGGCAUGUAUGCGUAAUAAAUGUGGAAAUCCUUGUAUUGGAACAUGCGGAACAGACGCUCUGUGCGAAGUGAUCAACCACAUUCCCAUGUGCGCAUGUCCUCCAGGUUACACAGGAUCGCCAUUCGUCUUCUGCUCUAAAGUAUUGGAGUUACCCCCAGCGAACUUGUGCGAACCUUCACCAUGUGGACCCAAUAGCCAAUGUAGAGUAGUAAAUGGGCAUGCAGUAUGUGUUUGCGUCCAAGGAUACAUUGGAAACCCUCCAAAUUGUCGACCUGAAUGUACAGUUAGCUCGGACUGUAAACUAAAUAAAGCUUGUUCCAAUCAAAAGUGCAUAGACCCAUGUCCAGGAGCUUGUGGACGCAACACGCAAUGCAUAGUUGUAAAUCACAAUCCUGUAUGUACUUGUACGCCUGGAUAUUCUGGAGAUCCAUUUUCUGCUUGCCUACCGAUACCUGCUACUCCACCAGAAAAAGUUAACCCAUGCUUACCAUCACCCUGUGGACCCAAUUCACAAUGUACAGAAAAUGGGGAAAAUGCAGACUGCAGAUGCAUGCCAGAAUUCAUUGGCGCUCCACCUAAUUGUAGACCCGAAUGUACAAGUAAUACAGAAUGUUCACAAAACAUGGCCUGCAUAAAUAGAAAGUGCCGAGAUCCUUGUCCUGGCUCAUGUGGUGUAAACGCUGAAUGUAGAGUUGUAAGCCACACACCCAUAUGCUUGUGUCAGAACGGGUAUACCGGUGACCCAUUCCUGUAUUGCAACGUCAUAGUAGAAGCCACGGUUGAAGAACGACCAACACCCUGUGUGCCAUCUCCUUGCGGUGCUAAUGCUGUUUGUAAAGAACAAAAUAGCGCUGGCUCUUGCGUUUGUCUGCCAGGGUACUUCGGAAAUCCUUACGAAACCUGUAAACCUGAAUGCACAUUGAAUUCAGACUGUCCUUCUAACCAGGCUUGCCGUCAGAAUAAAUGCUACGACCCUUGUCCUGGCACUUGUGGCAUAAACGCAUUAUGUAACGUCAUUAAUCACAUUCCAAGUUGCUCUUGUCCCGAUCAACAUUACGGUGACCCGUACAAAAUCUGCACUUUCAAACAGCAAGUGGAAAUAACUGACCCUUGCAAUCCAUCACCGUGUGGCCCGAACAGUCAAUGCAAGUCACAAAAUAAUAUAGCUACAUGCACUUGUUUGAGCGGCUACCAAGGAUCACCACCCAUGUGUCGACCAGAAUGCACCAGCAGUUCUGAGUGUACUCUAGAUAAAGUUUGCGAUCAACAAAAGUGCGUCAAUCCCUGUCCAAAGGCGUGCGGCGUAAACACAGAUUGCAGAGUUAUUAAACACAAUCCAAUCUGCACAUGUAGGCAAGGGUACACAGGCGACCCGUUCUCUAUUUGCUACGUAUUGCCUGAGCCCCAACCUCCGAUCAUGUUACCAACGAACCCUUGUAUUCCCUCACCCUGCGGACCAAACGCAGUGUGCCGCGAUGUCGGCGGAAUUCCAUCCUGUUCGUGCUUAGUCGGAUACUUCGGAAGCCCACCUAACUGCAAACCAGAAUGCGUGAUUAACGCCGAUUGUAGUAACGAUAAGGCUUGUAUGAAUAUGAAAUGUCAAGAUCCGUGUCAAGGCUCCUGCGGUGUGAAUGCUAUUUGCAACGUUAUCAACCAUGUACCUGUUUGCUUCUGUCCUACUGGGUACCAAGGCAAUCCGUUCUCUGUGUGUACUAUUAAACCACCAGAGCCACCGCAAGCAACCGACCCGUGCUAUCCAUCACCGUGCGGCCCCAAUGCUCAAUGUAAUAACGGUGUAUGCACUUGUCUACCAGAAUACCAAGGCGAUCCCUACGUCAGUUGUCGUCCGGAAUGUGUAUUAAGCACGGAUUGUCCGUUAGACAAGGCUUGCUUACGUUCAAAAUGCAUUAAUCCUUGUCAAGAUAUGUGUGGGUUGAAUGCGGAAUGCAAUGUAUACAAUCACGUUGCUGUCUGCAGCUGUCCAAGUGGCAUGACUGGCAAUGCAUUUACACAAUGUGUGAAGAUUGAAAAGCCAGUAAGUAGACCAUGCGACCCGUCACCAUGUGGACCGAACAGUAUAUGUAGAGAGGCCAAUGGACAAGCAAUUUGCGCGUGUGUAGAAAGUUUCAUAGGCAACCCACCGAACUGUCGUCCGGAAUGCAUCCAAAGUACAGACUGUUCUCCGUCUCUCGCAUGUAUUAAUCGGAAAUGUCAAGACCCUUGUCCUGGUUCAUGCGGAUAUAAUGCUAUCUGUAACGUCAACAAUCAUAAUCCAAUUUGUACUUGUCCUCCGAGAUAUACAGGAUCUCCGUUCUCGCAUUGUUAUGUUCAAGUUGACGAGGGGCCACCAUCUAAUCCCUGUAUUCCGUCUCCCUGUGGGCCAAACAGUUUAUGUACGCCUACACCAGGAGGUGACUCACAUAUAUGUUCCUGUCAACCAACAUUUGAGGGAAGCCCACCACAAUGUCGUCGUGAAUGCACCAUUAGUGAUGAUUGUCCAUCGAAUAGAGCUUGCAUCAAUUACAAGUGCAGAGACCCGUGCCCGGGAUCUUGCGGAACAAAUACAAAUUGUGCAGUACAUCUACAUAGCCCGAUGUGUUCUUGCCAAGCAGGUUACACCGGUGAUCCAUUUACAUCUUGCUUCCUCUUGCCUCAAGCUGCGGAAAAAAUUGAUCCCUGUAAUCCGACGCCUUGUGGCGCCAAUGCUCAAUGCAGAGUUUCAAGAAAUGGAGCCGCUGCGUGUAUAUGUGAACCUGGAUACUUUGGAAAUCCCUAUGAAUCUUGUCGUCCCGAAUGUGUCAUUAAUACUGACUGCCCUUACAACAAAGGUUGUCUAAGAAACAAAUGUGAAGACCCAUGUCCAGGAGUGUGUGGAUCGACAGCGAUAUGUCAAGUGAUAAACCAUGCGCCUUCAUGUAGCUGUGCGCCAGGUUACACUGGAAAUCCAUAUCAGUUCUGCCACAUCAUCAUAAAUGAACCUGCGCCAGUUCCACAAGACCCUUGUGUACCGAAUCCAUGCGGAAGCAACGCAAUAUGUAAAAACAACAAUGGCGUAGCAACAUGCUCAUGUAUGCAGGAAUUCUUCGGAUCUCCUCCAAACUGUCGACCAGAAUGUACAGUUAACUCCGAAUGCGACGCGUCAAAGAGUUGCGUUCGACAAAAAUGUGUCAAUCCGUGCACCAAUGUAUGCGGUCACAACGCUGAAUGCGGAGUCGUAAACCACGCUCCGAUAUGCUCUUGUAGACAAGGAUAUGAAGGAGAUCCAUUUGUCAAAUGUAUCAUCGUAGAAAAAUUACCAACGCCUGGUGUAAAUCCAUGUGUGCCAUCACCAUGUGGACCAAACGCUCUGUGUCAAGCUAUAAAUAAUAUUCCAUCAUGCUCAUGCAUUGAAAACUAUAUUGGAGCACCACCUAACUGCAGAGCUGAAUGCACAAUAAACUCAGAUUGCCCUAGCAAUAAAGCUUGCAUGAACCAGAAAUGUCGCGAUCCUUGUAUUGGUUCAUGUGGACUACAAACAGAAUGCCAUGUCCAUCAACACGCUGCGAUAUGUAGCUGUAGGGAGGGAUACACUGGAAAUCCUUUCCAAAGCUGUUACAUUAAAGAAAACAUUGAACCUGUACCAACAGUAUACGAUAAGUGCAACCCAAACCCUUGUGGGUCCAAUGCAGACUGCAAUGACGGAGUGUGCACAUGUAAACCUACGUAUUUCGGUAAUCCAUAUCUAAGCUGUCGUCCUGAAUGUACACAUAACUCUGAUUGCGCGCAAAACUUAGCGUGUGUUAACAAUAAAUGCGUCAACCCCUGCAUCAACCUAUGCGGCCAAGGCGCUUUGUGUGACGUAUACAACCACAUCCCAAUGUGUAGUUGUCCAUCUAAUACCACGGGCAAUGCCUUCUUCUCUUGCACACCUAUUACAGCUUUACCUGAAAGAAGGAAUCCUUGUCAGCCAUCUCCUUGCGGACCAUACAGCGUGUGUCGUGCCAUUAAUGAGCAAGCUAUGUGCUCAUGUUUGAUUGGAUACAUCGGUGUACCACCGUCAUGCAGACCAGAGUGUUUGCUGGAUUCCGAUUGUGCAACUCUAUUGGCUUGUUCAAACCAAAAAUGUAGUGACCCAUGCUUAGGAUCUUGUGGAAUAAACGCCGAAUGCAGAGUACACAACCACAAGGCCAUCUGCUCUUGUCGAACCGGUUUCACGGGCGAUCCAUUUACACAGUGCUCGUAUAUUAUUCAACACGAACCGCCACCAAAGAGAGCUCCUUGUGAACCAACUCCUUGUGGACCUAAUGCAAUAUGCCGAGCUGUUGGAGACACACCUAGCUGCUCAUGCUUACCUGAUUUCCUAGGGUCGCCACCAUAUUGCCGACCAGAAUGCGUUACCAACAGUGAAUGCAGCUUCGACACAGCUUGUAUUAACAAAAAAUGUACCGACCCUUGCCCGGGUGCUUGCGGUCCAAAUGCCGAAUGCCGAGUAAUCAGUCACUCGCCGCAAUGCAUGUGUCGAACAGGAUACCAAGGAGACUCUUUCGACCAGUGCGUACGGAUUGAAACUCCAGUUGCAAAACCACCUACACCUGUGCAACCAUGCACACCAAAUCCUUGUGGUCCCAACGCGGUAUGUCAAGAACGAAACAAUAUUGGUAGCUGUUCUUGUGUCAGCGGUUACUUCGGAAAUCCUUAUGAAGGCUGCAGACCCGAAUGUGUUAUUAAUUCAGAUUGUUCAGAAAAUCGAGCGUGUAUUAACAAUAAAUGCCAAGACCCUUGCCCAGGCCUCUGCGGGUCGAAUGCCGAAUGUCAAACUAUUAAUCACGUUCCAAAAUGUACAUGCAUAUUCGGAUACUUUGGAAACCCCUAUGACAAUUGCAUACUGAGGGAAGAACCUCCAGUCGACCCUUGCAACCCGUCACCUUGCGGUCCAUACAGUAAUUGUAGAGCAGUGAAUAAUAAAGCAAUGUGCUCAUGUUUACCUGAAUACACUGGAGGUCCACCCAACUGUCGACCUGAAUGUGUGACAAGCCCUGAAUGUCCGUUAACAAAAGCUUGUAUCAAACAAAAAUGUGUCGAUCCAUGCGUAGGAACAUGCGGUGAUAACGCACAAUGUCGUGUGCACUCUCAUAGUCCCUACUGCACUUGCCUACCAGGUUUUGAGGGAGAUCCGUUCAUAAGAUGCACUCGUAUUAGAGAAGUACCGACGCCUGUAAAGACCCCGUGCGAACCAAGCCCAUGCGGUCCAUACGCUACUUGCAGAGACAUACAAGGAUCAGCUAUUUGUAGUUGUAGCCCGGGAUACAUUGGUGCGCCUCCACAUUGUGCACCAGAGUGUACAAUUAAUGAAGACUGUCCUAAUGACAAAGCAUGUGUUCGUGAAAAGUGUACCAAUCCUUGUAUCGGAUCUUGUGGAACAAAUACUGAUUGCCGAGCUAUGAACCACCUUGCAAUAUGCACUUGCCUAUCUGGUUACAGGGGUAAUCCCUUCAUCGGUUGCGCUAUAUUUGAAGAACCUGUGCGCGACCCAGUGGACCCAUGUGUUCGGUCACCAUGUGGCAUCAAUGCCAUUUGCGACAACGGUACUUGCUCUUGUAUACCAGGAUACCAUGGCAAUCCAGCCAUUGAAUGCCGACCCGAAUGUACUAGCGACAAUGAGUGCCAAAAACAACAAUCCUGUAUAAAUUACAAGUGCGUCAAUCCGUGCAAGAAUGCCUGCGGUCUACAAGCUGUAUGCAAUGUCUAUAAUCACAUAGCAAUAUGCGAAUGCCCGGCUCCCCUGCAAGGAGAUCCUUUCAUUGCUUGCCGACCUGUCAUAGCUCCAACGGUGGCAGACCCGUGUACACCAAAUCCAUGUGGACCUGACAGCGUUUGUCGUGCGGAUGGUACCGUCGCACACUGUUCGUGUAGACCACCAAUGUUUGCUGAUCCUCCAAGCUGUCGACCUGAGUGUAGAUCCGACUCGGAAUGUCCUCAGGAUCGCGCUUGUCGCAAUAACAAGUGCCGAGACCCUUGUCCUGGCACAUGCGGCGCUCACGCCAUUUGUCGCACUAGACAACAUACACCAAUUUGCUCGUGCCCUAGCAAUUACGUUGGUGAUCCCUUUACUCGAUGUUUACCAGCCCUCGAAACGGAACCGAAGAAGAAGAUGCCCUGCCAGGACUGCGGACCGAAUGCGGACUGUGUCGACAGCCAAUGUCGCUGCAGACCAAACUUCUUUGGAACGCCUCCGUUCUGUCGUUAUGAAUGUUUAAGUUCUAGCGAUUGUGAUUGGCACCUCACUUGCACGAACAGACGCUGUGUUGAUCCAUGCCCUGGUGCCUGCGGAUUAGCUGCGCUCUGUUCGCCAGUCGCACACGAACCACGCUGCACAUGUCCUCCAGGAACUACUGGAAAUCCACUCGCUGCAUGUCGACCCAUCGAAAAUAUCCAAAUUAAACCACCGAAUGAUCCAUGCAAUCCAUCUCCGUGCGGCCCCGGAGCAAUAUGUCGAGCCAGAGGAAGUGGCGCGUCCUGCGAGUGUGAGCCUGGUCUACACGGAGACCCGUAUUCUGGCUGCCGGCCCGAAUGUCUCGCGGAUUCCGACUGUUCUCCGUCCCGUGCCUGCAUGCGCUCACACUGCCGCGAUCCUUGUCAAGGAACUUGCGGCAUUGGAGCAGACUGUGAAACCGUUAACCACAUACCUUUAUGUUCCUGCCCACCAGGAACAAGAGGAAACGCUUUUGUUCGAUGCGAUGUCAUAAUGUCAGCUCCACCCUGCACUCCAUCACCAUGCGGUCCCGGUGCCUUAUGUACGGAAUCAGGCAACAAAGCGGUAUGCUCAUGUCCAACUGGUACUAGCGGUGACGCUGCUACUACGGGCUGCCGCCCUGAAUGCGUUGUCAGCUCUGAGUGUCCACGAGAUCGAGCUUGCGUCCGUAACAAAUGUAUCGACCCAUGUUUAGGUGCAUGUGGCAAUGGAGCCAUGUGUCGUGUAUUCGACCACGCCCCGAUAUGCUCUUGUCCACCAUCUACCACAGGAGAUCCAUUCCUCGACUGCAGAGCUAAAGUUCCAGAUUCAUCGCCUACCGUUUACGAUCCUUGCGAUCCCAACCCUUGUGGACCGCAUGGCACCUGCCGCGACGGAAUUUGUACAUAUCCUGAAUGUAUAGUAAACGACGAUUGCCCGGGAGACCGCGCUUGUAUCAACAGAAAAUGCGCUGACCCAUGCAUAAACGCAUGUGGACUAAACGCAAUCUGCGUUGGUGUUAGACAUGCAGCAGUAUGCUCAUGUCCCUCAGGAUAUACUGGCUCUCCGUUUGUUCGAUGCGAACGAAUAAUCAUAUCAACUCCAGCUCCUCCUAAGCCUGAAUGUGUAAGAGACGAUGAGUGUGCAGACAACGCAGCGUGUGUCAAUACUCGUUGUGUACCUGUUUGUGGGCCGACCAAUUGUGGCCUUAACGCUCGUUGUGUAGCUAGACAACACAGAGCGCGUUGUGCUUGCCUUCCUGGCUUUGAAGGAAACGCCGAUACAGGAUGUUACUCAGUCGAAUGUCAUAGUAACAACGACUGCCCGGACGACGAAAGUUGCGAGGGUGGCUCAUGCGUAAAAGUAUGUUCGCGAGUGCGCUGCGGGCCUGAGGCUCACUGCGUAGCGCGUGGACACACAGCGUCUUGUGAAUGUGAUACCGGCGCUCGUGGAAACCCCUGGACCGGUUGUCGCAGAAGUGAAUGUACGAUCGAUGAGGAUUGCGCGACAUGGCUAGCGUGCAGAGUUGGAACUUGUCAGAACCCUUGCCCAGGAGCCUGUGCACCUACCGCUCUGUGCUCUGUUGUACGUCAUGCCCCUACUUGUGAAUGCCCACGGGGUACCGAAGGAAAUCCUAACAUCGAAUGUCGACAAGUACAAUCACGAGCCGAGUGCGAGGCCGAUGCUGACUGCGGUCCUGGUCUGGCUUGUCUACAAAGCUCCUGCAAGAACCCUUGUGAACCUACAUCUUGUGGCAUCCGCGCCGUAUGUCGCGUGGCAAACACUUUGCCGUUCCGUACUAUGGUUUGCGAAUGCCCCAAACCCCUAACUGGAGACGCCUCCGUCCAAUGCAAUCCGAGAGGCGAGUGCAGCGAAGAUAGAGAAUGUGGCGACGAGGAGCGUUGUUUGGAAGGUCGUUGUGUGGCUGUAUGCGGGCCGGGCGCGUGCGGCGUCGGCGCUGAGUGCCGUGCCAGCGACCACCGCGCGGCCUGCACCUGCGUGCCGCCGCUCAAGGGAGAUCCCAAGAUUGCUUGCACGCCUGGUGCACCAGGCCCUGAAUGCACGGUAGACUCGGAAUGCGGUGCUGCGGAAGCGUGCGUAGCCCGCCGUUGUGUGUCAGCUUGUGCCGGCGCAUGCGGUACCGGAGCGCUGUGCGAACCCACCGACCACCGCGCGCGUUGUCGUUGCCCGCCUGGCACCGCCGGCGAUCCAGCACGAGCCUGUUACACACCUGAAUGUACAUCCGAUGACAACUGUCCAUUCGACAAGAGCUGCAUCAAUAGAUACUGCCAAGACCCUUGUGUUCUGGGAUCGCCAUGCGGCCGCGACGCCACUUGCGAAGUAAUCGCCCACGUCGCCACUUGCCGCUGCCCGCCAGGAACUCAAGGAGACCCACGCGGUGCCUGCAUCUCCGCCGUCUGCCAUUAUAACGAGGACUGUGACGAUACACAACUCUGCAACCGCCUUAACCGCGUCUGUCAACCAGCAUGCUCAGACAACGCCUGUGCUCCUGGAGCUCUAUGCACCGCCAAGGACCAUAGACCCAUAUGCACAUGUCCACCUGGUCGCACUGGUGACCCAUACCUAAGAGGAUGUGCCACAACACAAAUCACAAGCGAAUGUACUGUAGACUCUGAUUGCCCGGCGCCACUGGCUUGCGUCAACACCCGAUGCACUGAUCUUUGUCUUGGUAACCCGUGCGAAGUCGGCCUUAUUUGCAAAACUGUCGACAUUUUACCUUUACGCGCAGUUGCUUGCGUCUGUCCGGAUGGUGGUCGCGUAGCUCCCGACAGCGGAUGUCGAGCACCACCAGAGGCCGAGUGUUCCAACGACAACGAUUGUAUCAACAGCCAAACCUGUCGACGUGGAAGCUGUGUCGAAGCAUGCCGUGCUGACCCAUGUGGACACAACGCCAUUUGCGACUCAGUCGAUCACGUAUCACGUUGUACAUGCCCACCGGGUUACAAUGGAAACCCAAGAAUUGAAUGUAAUCCAGAACCUAGAAAACCUCCCAUCUGGGAAUGCUACACCGAUGAAGAAUGUGGACCAGAGCGUGCUUGUGUUGACCGCACUUGUGAGAAUCCUUGCUCUGGAGCCUGCGGGGCCGGUGCAUUAUGUCGUGUGAUUGAUCACAAGGCUCAAUGCUCUUGCCCUAGAGGAUACACUGGCGACGCUGCCGUACAAUGCGUACCACCGUCAGACAAGAAUAUCAUCCAAGUUGGGUGCAAAGCAAAUUCUGACUGCCCACUCUCACAAGCGUGCGUGAACACCCAAUGUGCUGACCCAUGCGCAUGUGGCUCUAAUGCUGAAUGCAAUGUAGUACGACAUCACCCAGUUUGCUUCUGCGAAAGUGGAUACUCUGGCAAUCCAUACAUAGGAUGUGUCAAAGUUGGCUGUAGUUCAGAUACCGAAUGUUCAGACAGCGACACCUGCUACAACGGCGCCUGCGUAAAUCCCUGCCUUGUUGAAGCACCAUGUGCAAUAAGUGCAGAAUGUUACGGCAAGUCACAUCGAGCCAACUGUCGUUGCCCCACUGGAACUAUCGGAAAUCCAUACAAUAAAUGUCAAGCAACAGAAUGCGAGGUUGAUUCGGACUGCAACGAUAACAGCGUCUGUGUGAGAGGAGUUUGUCGCAACGCUUGUUCAUCGGACGGGCGUAAUCCAUGUGCCAACAACGCCGAAUGCUAUGCCCGAAACCACGCUGCUUCUUGUAAAUGUCCAUCUGCGCUGCCACUCGGAGAUCCCUUAGUCAACUGUCAAAAAGUAACUGUUAUUGGAGAACCUGAAUGCAGGACGGAUGGCGACUGCCCUAGUGGCCAUGCCUGCCUUCGUGACGAAUGUCGGGAAGCUUGUAGUGAACUGAAACCAUGCACUGGAAACGCUCGGUGUUCCGUAUCUGACAGUAUACCUUUCCGAACUUUGGUGUGCCGCUGUCCCGAAGGUUACAUACCCGACGAAGGUGCCGCAUGCAAACCUGCACAAUUACCACCUCUCAGCUGUUCUUCUGAUCAGGAUUGCAGUGAGAUAGAAUCAUGUGUCAACAGAAUGUGCAGAAAUCCAUGCAAUUGCGGAGAAAAUGCUGAAUGUUUCGUACGUGACCACCGUCCAGUUUGUUCUUGCAAAGAAGGUUACGAUGGCGACCCAUACCGCACUUGUCGCAUAGUAGGAUGUCGCUCUGACUCUGAAUGCGAAUCGCAAGAAGCAUGCGUUAAUGGCAAUUGUAUCAGCCCUUGCCUGCUAAAUAGCACAUGUGGACCAAAUGCUGAAUGUUUUGUGGAAAGAAACCGUGCCCUGUGUCGAUGCCGUCCAGGCUUCGAAGGAGAUGCUUAUAAGGGUUGCAACGCAAUUGAAUGUAGAUCAAACGGUGACUGUCCGCAAGAUAAACAAUGUCGUGCUCAUAGAUGUAUCAAUCCUUGUCUCUCUGAUAACACCUGCGGUAUAAAUGCUGUUUGCUUAGUAAGAAACCACAUAGCCGUAUGUAAAUGUGAACAAGGAUAUACUGGUAGUCCGUACAUAGAAUGUACACCUGCAAUUACUGCGGAAUGUUACGUGGAUGCUGAUUGUCCAUCAAAACAGGCAUGCUUGUCAUCAAAAUGUGUUAACCCCUGUACUGCUUUACGACCAUGUGCUACUCCAGCUCGCUGUGAGGUGUCACCUACAUUACCUGUCCGCACAAUGAUUUGCACCUGCCCACCGGGAUAUGUCAGUAGUGGUGGAGGAAUUUGUAAACCCGUUACCCCAAUCGCGGACGUAUCUUGUGAAGCUGAUAAUGAUUGUAUCACCAACCACGCCUGUAUAACAUCUGUUUGUAAGAAUCCGUGCGAAUGCGGACCAAAUACUGACUGCCAAAUAAGAGACCACAAACCAGUGUGCGCGUGUCGACCAGGUUACAUAGGAGACGCCCACACUGGAUGCUACGAAAUAUUGUGCCGAUCUGACUCCCAGUGUUCAGAUGAUGAGACUUGCAUAAAUAAUAGAUGUGUGCCGGCAUGCUCUGUUGAUUCUGACAUAUGUGGAGAAUCAGCUGAAUGUUACGGAGUAGAACAUCGUGCCUCCUGUCGCUGUAAGAUUGGCACUGUGGGAAAUCCAUCUAUCGCUUGCACACCUAUCAGCUGCCGUGCUCACUCUGACUGCCCCCCGGAGAAGGCAUGUGUGAACGCUAAAUGCGUUGAACCAUGCAAUGCAACAACUUGCAAUGAACCGGCAGAAUGCAGAGUACAUCUUUAUGAAAUACGUUGUGUUUGUCCCCCUGGUUAUGAAGGCUCUGGCCAAUAUUGCGUGAAAACUAAAGAACCACAAUGUAUCUCGGAUAUCGAUUGUCCAUCUGGGACAGCGUGUUUAGAUGCCAAAUGUGUCAAUCCUUGCCUGGAGACAAAACCAUGCGGCACUAACGCUGAAUGUAAGGUUGUCGAUACCCUACCUGUAAGAACCAUGAUAUGUGAAUGUAUACCCGGAUACAGUGGAAACGCACUUCUUGAAUGCACACCUAACAGACCUCCUACGGCUAAAUGCAUUCCUGGCCAAGGUAUCAACUCGGCAGGAGAGUGUAUUCCUUGCUUAGAAGAAGAAGGACGCGUGGUGGACUCUCGAGGACGCUGCGUGUGUGAUUCGGAGCGGGGCUACACUCUCCGUGGAGAAAUUUGUGUGCUUGUCGGAUGCCGCACGGAUAAUGAAUGUGAUGACAGUUCACGCUGCAUUAACGGAGCUUGUGUUGAUGCUUGCGAAGCAGAACCAUGUGGUUUACACGCCACUUGUGAAGCUUUCGGACACCGAUCACACUGCACUUGCAUUACCGGCUACACAGGCAAUCCCAGAAUUUACUGCAAUACAACAACUCCCGAUGUAAACUAUCGAACAGACUUCCCACUGCCUGACAUGCAGGUCCAUUGCUUAGCGGAUGGUGUGAGCGUCAGUCUUAAGAUCAAGGACUUCAACGGUGUACUGUACGUAAAAGGAUACAGCAAAGACGAGCGCUGUCGCCGCGUUGUCCAUACUCCAGAAAACCAGGAGAGCCCAGUGGACUUCACAGUUCACUUCGGCGACUGCGGACUUGUACAUGUCAAUGGCCUGGCGAGCUUCGUUCUAGUAAUGCAGAAACAUCCCAAACUUGUGACAUCAAAUGCUAAAGCGUUCCACAUCAAAUGUAUCUAUCAAACGGGAGAACAGAACGUGACACUCGCCUUUAACGUAUCCAUGCUAACUACGGCCGGUACCAUCGCCAAUACUGGACCACCACCAACAUGCUCCAUGCGUAUUGUAUCACGAACCGGCGAUGAAGUUAGCUCAGCUGAAAUUGGAGAGAACCUUGUGUUGCAAGUCGACGUGCAACCAUCUAGUAUCUAUGGUGGAUUUGCACGCAGCUGUAUUGCGAAGACAAGUGAAGUAGCAACAAAUGUAGAGAAUGAAUACACAGUAACAGACGCAGAUGGAUGCGCCACUGACGCGGCCAUAUUUGGGGAAUGGGAGCGCAGUGAAGACGGUAGCGCUCUGCGAGCGUCAUUCAACGCCUUCAAAUUCCCCAGUAGUGAUAACAUAAGAUUCCAAUGUAACAUUCGCGUCUGUUUCGGAAAAUGUCAACCAGUCAACUGUCGCGGUUUCGACGCUUUCGGAAAACGAAGAAAACGAGAAGCAAUCGAUACUGAUGGCCCUCUAACGGGCAACGAAGGACAACUUCGAGAGGAGGUGACCGUCGAGUCUAACCAGAUCUUAACGCUGGAGCGGCGAGACCCGUCCCGAGUGGCUCGACAGAGAGACGGUUCGUCUGAUAGCGCGAGCGGACCGUCCAGCGGGGAAGUGUGCGUGUCGGCGGCAGGGCUCGCCGUGGCGCUAGCACUGACAGCGCUUCUGGCGCUGGUGGCGGUAGCUGCCGCCGUGGCGUGCUGGCUGGUGGCGUGGCGCCGCGCGCGUCCACCCCCCGCGCCGCUGCCGCACCCCCCUGACUUCCCCAACCCGCUGUUCCAGCGCUGAUCUACGCUAGUCCCGCGCCCCGCUCCUCCGCCGGCGCCGGGCGGUGUCGGCUCUUUCUUCUCACUCACUUAGCUUUAAUCUGUGCGUGCCGUCGGAGGACCGCCGGGCGAGGGCGUCGCGAGCGCCGCGUGACCUGAGGCCACGCUCCUCGCCUGCGCUCGUAGCGCCCUGCUUAGGUUACUUUUAUAUUUUUACAUGUAUCUAUAUUAACGUGGAAUCGUCGCCUCCUUCGAAUUUUGUGAUAUUCAUAAUAUAAAUAUUCGAACACACCAUAAUUUUAUGUAAAGUAAAUAUUGAUUAUUAUUUAGUAUAAUCAAACAUUAAUAAAAAUAAAAUAAUAAUAAUA